GCGGCGGCGAGGCGACGUCGGGGCGACGUCAGCGGGCGCGCGCGGUUCAGACUCCAGCUCUUUAAAAACAGCGUGUAAACUGAGAUGCUCCUACAAAGAGCGGCUGGGGCUUACGGGAGCAGCAGCAGUCGCCGCCGCAGUCCCUUCAACUGCAGUUUCAUGAGCUGCCAGCCAUUCUAAGCGUCUCCUCUCUCGCCCAGUUUGAGGCUAUACAUUCACAGAAGAGCGAGAGUCGCCUUCCCACCUCAAAAAGCCGAGCGCGCGCCUCCGAGCGUCGGCAAGCCCCCGCGCCGUACAGCUGAAGGGGGAAUGUCAGCGGCUCCCUCGGCUUCUCAGGAAAGGAGCUCCGCCGUUUUCGCCCCUCGCCCCCUCAGCGCUGCCUUGGCACCAUGGACACCUCCUCUGCCGCCGCCGCCGCCGCCCGCGCGCUGCUCCUUGCCAGCUUGCUGGGGCUCCUCGGCGCGGUGGUGCCGCUUGCCGGCGGAGGGAGCCCGUUCGGAGGGCGCCCGAGGAGCUGCCCGGCCGCUUGCCACUGCGAGGAAGACGGGAUGCUGGUGAGAGUGGACUGCUCGGACCUGGGCCUGGCCGGCGUGCCCGCCAACCUCAGCGUCUUCACCUCUUACCUGUAAGUGGCUUUGGCGCGCGGGGCAGGCGCCCUUUUUUUUGCAGCUGUGGGAACGAAGAGCAGGGGAGGCAGGGCGGCAGGGCAAGGAGAAAGCCGCUACCUUAGUCGUUGGUGAGGCUAGGGAUAGAGGGUGAUGCUAUGAUUACGCCAUCGGCGUGCUUUACGAAGAACAGGUAAGACAGGUCCUACCUCGAGGGUUUACAAUGUAAGACCCACUGAAACAACGGAGGAAGGGGGGGACAUGCGAGGAGGGCUCUGUGAUUCUAUUUCAACUGCGCAGACUUUGGCUUAGUUAGAAUAAGGGAUAAGAACUAGGGGAGGAUAAAGGAUCUCGCCGAUCUCAGUCCUUUGCGCGAUGGUCGCCCGUGCCAGAGCAAGACCAUGUUCUGCAGAGGACGUGAUGUCCUAGAUUAAGCAGGGGACAGCGGUAUCCGAAAUAAGCCAUGCUGCUUAAAGCGAUGGGUAUCUAGUAACCUAAGCAAAACCCUGCGGUGUGUCUACUGGUUUAGGUUUGUCCCUCUCAAAGGGAACUUCGUGAAAAUGGUUGUUUUUUCCUGUGAUCCUGUUCCACAGUUACGGUUACUUUUUAAAAAAAAUAUGCAGAUGAGCUGCUCUGAGAGACUGUUGCGUGAGCGCUAAAAACAAUUAAGGACAUUGUGGAGUUUGAGUUUGUUCUUUAGGAGCAGUGGACUUUCGCAAGUCCAUCUCAAUAGGUUUGUUAACCUAUGGGUGUUGUGGGAUCAGCACUCCUCACGUAUGCAAUUCCUUCACAGCACCCUCAGGAUGUCAAUGGCAUAAAAAUGCCAGCCUAUGCAUUUAACUGGGAUUUAACCUUUCCAUGGAAAACCCAAUAGAUUGUACUGUUGCCAACAACACAUUUGCAUUUUGUGGAACACAUCCUAACAUGACAUGGAAUCAGAGGCAGUUCUUUAAAAGUGGGGCUAUCUGACAGUCUCGUGUCUGUCCACCACUCUGACUGCAUCAGAUAUAACGGAGAAGGGCAGCACUGUGUAAUUCCCAAGUUUGAGGCACUCCAAUUUUAGACAGAUGUGCCUGUUUUCCACUACCAAUGGGCAACAAAAAUCCAAAUGCACCAUGGAGCCUGACAGAGUCUUGGGAACCAUCCUCAAGAGCUAAAAAAUCUGAUUCAGCAUUGCAACCAGCAUCGUGAGCUAUGAUAUAAAUAUUAUUGUAAAAAUACACACAUUAGGAUUGAGCAUGAUCCAUGUCACUUUCAAAUCUGUAGGCUGCAAUCAUGCAUUCUAUUACAUUCAGUGGGGCUACUGCAAACUAAGUGAGCCAUGGUACUUGUUACAGCUCUCCAACACUUAGUACUCUUUUUUGUAUAUUCUGAGCUGGAAGGUACCAGGGGAUGGAGAUGGUAGAGUUGUGAAAUAUGUUUAAGGCUGUAGUCCUAUAGAAACAUGCCUGGUAGUAUGUAUGGUUGAACUCAGUGGGUUACUUCUUAGCAGAGACAGUCAGGAUUUACAGUGUCACGUAAGGUAAAGGUAAAGGACCCCUGGAUGGUUAAGUCCAGUCAAAGGCAAGUAUGGGGUGCAGUGCUCAUCUUGCUUUUCAGGCUGAGGGAGCCAGCGCUUGUCCACAGACAACUUUCUAGGUCAUGGGGCCAACACAACUAAACUGCUUCUGGUGCAACAGAACACUGUGAUGAGUGCUAGGUGCACAGAAACGCUGUUUACCUUCCCGCUGCAGCAUUACCUAUAUAUCUACUUUCACUGGUGUGCUUUCAAACUGCUAGGUUGGCAGAAGCUAGGACAGAUCAACCGGAGCUCACCUCAUCACACGGAUUCGUAUUGCUGACCUUCUGAUCGGCAAGCCCAAGAGGCUCAGUGUGUUUGUGUGUGUGUGCGCGCGCUGUAUGUUUAUAUUAGUAUCUUGCUGUGCUGUCAAAGUACAUGGCAGAUUUUUAUUUCUUUUUGUUUGGUACAAAGAUGUAAAAUAUGUAUGUGUUAAUUGUGGAUUUAUAGAGCCUGAGUAGAAAAAAAAGUAUGGUUGAGAAUACACUUUCAGAUUAACAAAAUUUAUACAUGAAAAGUGCUUUUAUAUAGGAAUUAAGCUACAACCACAGCCUGCAUGGUUUGUUUUAUUGUUGUACAUUCACUGAGAAGCUGCUGUCUAGGCUAGGGCACCGCAAUACAGGUGUACUGGAUGAUCACACUUCACUCUACUAUACCUUGAGGUGGCACAGAGACACCACUUCAAAGCCAAAUCCAUGCACACUUAGGGGGUGUAUGCAUUCAGAACCAUACUACAAGGGGCAACCUAGAAAAGCAAUCAAUUUCUUGCCAAAACACCUGUGUAGAUGUUGCUUUAUAGUGCAAUCCUAAUGAGUUCAAUGGGGCUUACUCCCAGAUAAGAGGUUAUAUAGGAUUGCAGCCUUAAACAUCUGUUUAUUAGAAAAUAGGAUGUAAGCCAUUUAAAUACUUUUUUUUUUUGUCCAUUCAAAAUAGGUACAAGUUACAUAUACAAGCAUCUUGUAUGAUUUGAUGGUCCACAGGCCUGAUCCGCCAGGCUCAACAACUUUUGUUGUGUCUUGGUUUUUACUCUUUGAAAUAUGGCAGCCCUAUCUUAUGUUCUUUUGGGUACUUAUACCAAUCCACUAUAUAAUUAUGAUGCAUUGUUUACAGAGUAGUUAAAAAUGAAGCAAGAGCAUAAACUUAGUUGGCACUGCUGGAUGCUAUCUUUACCUUCGCUUCCCAAGGCAUGGCUUUGAAGUGCAGUAUUUUAUUUAAUCUUUAACUGAUCUCUGCCUAAGACCAGAGCAGGUGCCCAGGAAGGCAGAUCAAUCUUCCCUUUGGAUUUACUACUCAGUCUAGCCAAGGAAAUUGUAGUCUCCAUGUCAGAGAUAAGGAAGCUUUGACUUGAGGGGAGGAUGUGGCAAUUCAGGCAUCUCUGUCUGGCUCUUGGGAUGCUUUCCAAGCUGUGACCUGACCUGCCCAGGCCACCCCGCUCUCUGGCUCUGCUCAGAUCCUUCUUGAGUGCCUCUGCCUGGCUUCAACUGGGGAAGUUGCUCUUGCUUGCUGGGAUGGAGAGGUUUGUUUGUGUGAAGAAAUAUCUGACUUCUGCAUGUGGACAGCAACGUAGCCUUCUGCAUUCAGUGUUCCACCCACUAUAGGCAUGUGACCUCCAUUAGGUUUCCUAUGAAGGAAUGUGGACCUCAAGCUGGAAAAGGUCCCCCACCUCUGUCUAUAUGCCACUUAUCAAACCUGGUGAUAAACUAGAGUGUUUUUACUUGAUCUGACAUUGGAUACCCACCCCUAAUCUUCUCUGGUGUGGCUACUGGGUAGAAGGUCAAAGGCAUUUGAACAUGAUGGAUAUCUUUUUUCCCCCUCAAGACAAAACAGAUUUGGACACAGUAGAGUAUGAGACUUUUAUACUGGAGGCCUCCUUGAUAUGUGAAAACUGUUCUUCCAAACCAGGAGGUGAUGUUGCACCACUGUAUUGUGGAUUUUAGGUCACAUUUAUAUCCACCCAGUUUAAUGCUUGAAAAAUGUGCAAGCUCCAUUUGUAUAGGUUUUGGCAUGAUGCAAUGGGCUAAAGGUUUAUUGCUGCACUUUUAAAAUAAUUGUAUGACUUCGAGAAAAGUGCUACUUUUCAUGAAAGUGAAUAGACGAAACAUCAGUUUGUUGCUAUUAUCAUGACAUCAAGAUAAUUGGGUGAAACUUUGUGAUUACCACUCUUUUUUUUUCUUUCUCAACUUCAACCAUUGUUUGGAACAUUGCUUUGCGUUAUCGGUCAUCGUAGUAAUUCUUGGUAGUGAAAUUUCUCCAUUUAAAGCCAGUAUCUUUUUACUUUACUAUUGAGGUCAACUUCAUUAUUCAUAGAGCCAAUAAUGCUAUUUCAAACCAUUAUGACAAAUCUCCUUGCAGCCUUGCCUGAAGCAGUGGUGGUGAAUAACCUUUGCAGCCCUUUAGGAGGCUUCAAGAGUCCUAACACAUGUUAAGGCUAAAGGAGAUGGUGGGGCUAAGGUUGGACUAUUUAAGCCUCCUCUCCUCUCCUACAGCCUCUUCCAUUCCUUGGCACCCACCCCUUAUUCUUUGUUCAAUAUAGGCAUUGCUAGUUGUCUUCUGGGACCAAGUAGGAAUUUUUUGGCUUUGCUGAUUGACUUUUUUGCCUAUACUGUACUGAUUUGGUGGCUGAUGCUCUUAGCAGGUGGCAACCAUUGAAUAGGUUAAUUGGCCACAUAGGCCAAAAUAAUUAAGGUUUGCUAAGCCUCCUUAGGCACCUUUAAGAGUAACAGAUGUAGUCCUGAGAUUUGUCUUUGAGGCUGUGGGUAGGGAGCACCUUUGGGGCCAACCUAUGAAGCAGCAAGGCCUCUCGGCUCAACUGAAAGAUGGGGCAUAAGGAAAGGGGUAGAUGAAAUGCUGCUCCUCAUUCUUAGCAGGGCUGGCUUGACCACAGUUUGCCAUAUGCAGUUAAUAUCCCACACCAUUUUCCCCCACCGCUGGUCCAUAUUAAAUGAAUAAGGUAAAGGUAAAGGGACCCCUAACCAUUAGGUCCAGUCGUGGCCGACUCUGGGGUUGCGGCACUCAUCUUGCUUUAUUGGCCGAGGGAGCCGGUGUACAGCUUCUGGGUCAUGUGGCCAGCAUGACUAAGCUGCUUCUGGCAAACCAGAGCAGCGCACAUAAAUGCCGUUUACCUUCCCGCCAGAGCGGUACCUAUUUAUCUACUUGCACUUUGAUGUGCUUUUGAACUGCUAGGUUGGCAGGAGCAGGGACUGAGCAACAGGAGCUCACCUACAUUGUGGGAAUCCAUUGUGGGGAUUCGAACCGCUGACCUUCUGAUCAGCAAGUCCUAGGCUCUGUUGUUUAACCCACAGCGCCACCCGCGUCCCUUUAAAUGAAUAAACGUGGCCUAUUUCACACAACCUUGUGUCUCGCCUCCUUAUUUUCCACUGUUGGUGCAAAUUACUGUUCCUAGCUGAAUGUUUUGUUUGUUGUUAACCAAGUAAAGCUAUUGACUAAUAACUUCAUUCUAUGUAACAAUUCCUCACUGGAAACAAGAGUGGCAAAAUAUAUAAAUCAGAAUAAACUUGUUAGUUAUUAAGUUGCCACAAGACUGAUUGUUUUGCUGAAACCAACAAACACAACUACUCCUCUGGAAAUUUUUGAUGCUGUGCACCACAGGGACAGGCAGAAGGACACACAUAGCAGCCAAGUGGCAAAGGUAUCUGCCUUCCUGAAAGUUGAGGAUUCAGGUACAGUGGUACCUUGGUUCCUGAACAGCUUAGUUGUAGAACAAAUUGGCUCCCGAAUGCCGCAAACCCAGAAGUAAGUGUUCGGUUUGUAAAUGUUUUCGGGAAGCCGAAAGUCCAACGCAGCUUCCGUGGCUUCUGCGGCUUCUGAUUGAGUGCAGGAGGCUCCUGCAGCCAAUCGGAAGCCAUGCCUUGGUUUUCGAUGGUUUCGGGGGUCAAAUGGACUCCCAGAAUGGAUUAAGUUUGAUAAUCAAGGUACCACUGUAUUGCCGCAGACAUCUGUCGUCAGCCUAUCCAGCCUACAGAUGAGACUUGAUGGAUAAUAUGUAUAAAACACUGCUUUCUUUCAUGUGCUGUAGAACAUGGCAAAACAUAUUUAUUGUAAAGUAUUUCAUCUGUGCUGUUUGGAGUCAAGGAUAGUGAAUGUAUAGGUUGGAACUAUACAUAUUUAGUCAGAAGUAAAUUAAAAUAGGAUCAACCUAUAGCUACCCCGGGGACCAGUUGUUUGAAGAAUGGUGUGCAUAUACAUUAAGCAAAUAAUGUAGGUCUUGCUAAGUUCAAUAGGGUUUACACCCAAAUAAGUGUGAUAGGAUUUUAGCAUUAGUAACAUAAAACUUGCAGGCCAGGACUGAACUGUUAAAACCAGAGGAUGGGGAAAGCUGGAGUUAUGAACUGUGCAACUUAUUUUUCAAAAGUAGCUUUCUAGUAAUUAGCUAUAUUAAAGCAUAGCUGAUUCUGAAGUGUGUGUUUUUCUUUUGAAGAGUUGAAAAAAAUUGAGACAGGAAAUGCCCUUCAAGAUAGGUUGUCUGCAUUAUUUCAGUCAUCCUGCACAAUGCUUAAUAACAGGAUCCAGUGACAUAACCCUUUGCUAUUUGCAUCAAGUUGUGAUUAAACUGAAGUUUGCCUAAUUAUGUAGUGGCUUAGCUCUAACCCAUUUGCCAACUCUCAUUGAUGACUAAAAGACACAAGAUAGGGUUAGAAAACUCCUGAACGUCUUGUUUAAAAAUGUGAUGCUGGUACCUUUAGAAUACUAAAAUAUUGUGCAUGAAGGUGUGAUAAGAAAUAGCUCACAGUCACUCAUAUCCCCAUAGUAUUUCGGAUUGCUUUGAUUGCUAUCUGGUCUCAAGUGUUUCAGAUAACAUUAAGCAUCAGUAGUGUGGCUCAAUUCAGACUACAUGCCAAAUCACAGUUAAAGAAGGUUUCCAUCAUGGUUUUGUGGCUAACUGUGGUUUGUGAUCCUAGUUCUAGCAACCCAGAAUAGUUUAGGGCUACUCUCAUUUUGACUCAAGAGAAUCACCAUUUUAUAGUUCAAAUUGGGAAAAAUAAAUACAGUAAAUGGACAAAAGUACAAAGAUUCACAAAAAGUUUAGGGGUAUGUGUACCACUGCAUCUCCGCACCCCCCCAAAAAAACCUGGAUAUAUAUAACAAAAAUGUGUUUUUGCUGUUGCCAAUGCGCAGACUGAUUUGAGCUAUAUGUAUAUCAAGGGCAGUGGAAAAGGGAGACCAAGGUUUGUAAUCAACCACAUCCUAUUCAGAGUAGACCCACAGAAAUAAAUGAAACUAAGGACUCAGCUACAUUAAUAAAAAAACAAUGUUUUUAAUGUGUUAUAAACCUGCAACACCAGAUGGCGCAGGAGAGGGGGGGAAAUAUGUGCAAUUUUUACAUGGCGUUUUUUCCCUGUGUGUAGAUCUACCCUGCCAGCCAUAGCCAUUAACUUCAGUUUGUCUGCUCAGAGUUGAAUACCAUGCAAACCAUAUAAUUAAAUAUAUACUGUAUUUAAUUAUAUAUUGCUUAUAGAAAGAACAAUUCCAAAACAUUUUUAUUGUUAGACUGAACUUUUCUGAGGUGGAUUUAAGUGCUGUCCUUAGGGUGACAAUAUAUAUCCUUCUGGGUUGGAGGAAACCCAUAUCCAUAUACUUUUCAGUCCUAAGCAUAGCUGAAAGAAGCAAGUGUGAUGGGAGAUUUUACUUCUUCUCAUUUUUGUUUAAACAUUUAUUCUUCUCUAAAAACUUUUUUAAGUACAGUUAAAAAGUAGAUUGUUAUAUGGGCCAUUGAAAACAAAAAUCUAAAAAGACAGUGAAAGAAUAAUGUAUAAUCUAAGGAAAAUUCUGGCUGAGUGAAAAAAUAUCAAAAAGGUGCAGUAAAGUGAGGAGUUUCUAUAUCUGAUUAACACCUUUGUACAUUCACUGUUUUGGCUAGUUUACAAUUAAUAAAUCAUGAUAGAUCAGAUUUGUUUAUUUGUAUCUAGUCAUCAGACCACCACACAACAAAAGUUUAAUAGUAUAAGGUAAGUAAAUAAAUUCACCAUAUGUCAUAAAAGGUUUAUGAUAUUCUUAUUAAUUAGAAUGGCCCUGUAUGGUAAGGUUAUCUAGAUCACGGUGGCUAAGCUCAAGGAUGCUAGCAUUAUAGAAAUACAUUUUAGUCAGUUCUCUUUUCCUUGACACGUAUAGAUUGGCAAACUAUGCUGCUUUUAAAUAGUGGGCGAUCUUGUACUUAAAUAAAGCACAACUAAACUAACGUGUUGCAUUCCCUGUUUGAUAAAUCUAUAUGCAUUGUCAGGGUUGUGUGACUUUAAGGGGAGAGCCUGAAAAAGUCAUUGCAUAGCAUACACCCGGUAUUCCUUUUUUGUGGUGACUGCUCUGUGGAAGUGAUAUGUAAACUGACAGGGUGGUGUGGUGGGGGAAGGAAACUCCCUUUAAGCUAGUAAAAGGCAAGGGUCUGGCAGAGUGAAGGCACCUUCAGUUUGGCUUAGUAUCUGGAGUGCAGAGGACAAUUGACCUGACAGAGGGAGCCCGACUCCAGCUGUGAACGCGUGCGUGAAGCUGACCUUCCCAGUCAACAUGCCAACUGAGAUUAGACUUCCUUCAAGUGUUCCCUUGUUAACUUGGCCUUUUUCCCCCAGUGGAGUUUGUCUUUCAAAUGCUUACCAUUAAAAUUGCUUACCCAGAUCUGGAGCAACUUGGAAAGCUUUCUUUUUAUACUCUCGGCAGCCUCUGCCCGUUAUUGUUUAAAGACUGCAAUUGUAAUCAUUUCCACCGAAAUCAGUGGGAUUUGUAUCCAAGUGAAGAGGAUGGGAGGGAAUGUUAAUUGUUUGCAGGCAUUUAAAAAUGCCAUUUAUGUUUCCUUGUUGUUAUUAAUAUAAGGAAUAGUAUUAUCGUGAUUGCUGAGGUUUUGAGGCGAGUUCCAUUGCUGCCAAACAGAGCAGAAUUCUUUGGGUUUGGGAUUAUGGUAACUGAGAAAGCUUGAGUUUGCACUACUGAUCAUGAAACAGCUAAGGUCUGGGUGAUUAACCCCCUUCAGUAAUAAUGCAGUGAACUUAAGCGGUAGAGGGUCUGGACUACAACUCAGCUGGUCAGAUCAGUUCUGUGGGGUGCUACGCAAAUGUCCCCAAUAUGCAUGUGUGCAUACAGAAACUUCUCUUCAUCUAGGUAAGCAUGAGGCUUUAUAAUAUUUAAAGGAUAUUUUCAAAAUGGGCCAAAGUACUUUUAGUGCAGAGCAGGGUCCUGGAAGUAGGGAUUGUGGAGGGGUACAUGGCCUGGGUACGGUUCAGAGGGCUGGACAGACAAGUCUGCAGGGUCUCAGCCAUCCCUGGGCCUGAGAUUCCCUCACCCUAAUUUAUAGCAACCCUGGCUGUUCAUGGCAUGGUAGUUGAAGUCUGCAGGUAUGCCUGCUGUUCACUGGGGAUAAGCAUUCUGUGUUGACUUAGGGCAGGCCAUUUUGUUGAUUAUACCCAGGGGUGAAUAAUUGCCUGAAAAGGACAAGACAAAGCUUUAUGACCUCUGUGUAAAACAAAUGAAAAAUCAAAUAUUGCACUUAAUUAUUCAUUCAUUUAUUGUUUUCAAAGCCCAGCUAUUAGCCACCAUCAUGUAAACAGAAGUUUGUGUUGCCACAGCAACUAAAACAUAAAUGCUGUGGCUUUUAUGUGUUUGGAUCUGUGCAGUUCAGUAUAUGUGGAACUGCAACUGAAAAUGGUCCAGAAACCUCAGUUAGUUCAGGACAGGGCAUCAAGAUUAUUAACCAGGACCAAACAAGUUGAGAGCUUUACCCCUGGUGGUCUUUUUCAAGCUCAGUUCAGAGUCAUUUCACAACUUUUAAAAAUAGGGUUAUAAGACCUAUAUUUUAAAGACAGCCUUUCAAAGCUGAUGGAAAUUUAAGCGUGAAGAUACUGCUGUGAAAUUAUCUGGUCGUAAUGUUUUAUAAUUGUCUUUAUUGUGUCAUAAGGUGCCUCAAAUGCAGUAGAGACAAGAUAGAAUUAUUUUAAAUAAAUAAAUAUGGAUAGUUUGGGACUCCAUUACAUAGAACAUACUUUUGAUUUCUUUUUAGUUAUUUAACAACAUUUAUAUGCAGCUUGAUUGUAAACAUAAGCUCUAAGUAGUCUACAAAAAUAAAGCAAACAUUUAAAUCAAUAGAAGGCAAAGUUUAAAAAUUCAUAAUAUAAUUAAAAUCAACAGUAAAGCUAAAAACAGGCUAUUUGUUAUUUAUUUAUUAAAUGUCUAUACCCGUCUUAAUCCGAUGAUCACAGGGUGGUUUACAAUAUAAAAAUACAAAAAUAGAUAGCAUAGUAACAAACAAUAGUAUCCCACCACACACACAUGGUCCAUAGAUGGUUUAAUUAGCCAAAGGCUUGGGAGAAGAAUAAUGUUUUUGCUUGGUACCUAAAGAUAUGUAACAAAGUUGCCACGUGUCAGCUUUUACAUAUCUGCAUAGGCUUAUCUGAAUGAAAAGGGAGUUACAAAGUGUAGGUACAGUCGUACCUCCGCUUACAUAUCCCUCUGGUUACAUAAAUGUCAGGAUAUGUGAGCGGCAAACCCAGAAGUUUAUUUCCGGGGUUUUGCCACACAUGCAUGCGCAGAAGCGGUCUCUCCAGUUGCGAAAACCUCAGGAUCUGGCCGGACAUCCAGAACAGAUCCUGUCCGCAACUCGAGGUACCACUGUACUUAUAUGCUAAAAUGUUCAUAUCUUUGGGGACUCAGCUACAUUUACUAAAGAAAAAGUGCUUUAUAUGCAUUAUAACACUGUGACAAGGGACAUGGGUGGCACUGUGGGUUAAACAACAGAGCCUAGGGCUUGUGGUUCGAAUCCCCACGACGGGGUGAGCUCCCAUUGCUGAGUCCCAGCUCCUGCCCACCUAGCAGUUCAAAAGCACAAAGUACAAGUAGAUAAAUAGGUACCGCUCCGGCGGGAAGGUAAACGGCGUUUCCGUGCACUGCUCUGGUUCACCAGAAGCGGCUUAGUCAUGCAGGCCACAUGACCUGGAAGCUGUACGCCGGCUCCCUCGGCCAAUAAAGCGAGAGGAGCACCGCAACCCCAGAGCCGGCCACGACUGAACCUAAUGGUCAGGGGUCCCUUUACCUUUUUAACACUGUGGCACUAGGUGGCACAGUGUUCCGUCUUUUGCCAACGAGGUUUCCCACUUUGAGGUUUACAACGCGUUUUCCUGAAAUGCUUUUUUUUAUGUGUCUAGAUCCAGCCUGGGUCCCUUCCAACUCUACAAUUUUAUUAUUCUAAGUGCAGAGCAAAUAUGUGACACCUGGACAGUGCCAGUUCCACAGACUGAAGCAGUCAAAUGGGCAUAUAUGGGGUAAGGGGAUCUUGUAAGUUCCUGGUCCCAAGCUGUUGAGGACUUUAUAUACUUUGAACUUGACCUAGUAACAAGUCAGCAACCAGUGCAGAGGUGUUAGAUGUUGGACAGAGUCUCACUCCUCUCAGCAUCCAUGCUGCAGCAUUCUGUACAAACUGAAAUUUCCAAACCAAGCACAGGGGAAAUCCCACACAGAACGUAUUUCAGUAAUCCAAUCUUAAAGUCACGAGUGCCUAAACUACUGUGGUCAAACUCUCCUGGUCUAGGAACAGCCAAAGUUGUUAUAUCAGCCACGUCUGGUAAAAGGUGGUUCUAGGCCCUGAGGUUACCUGGGUCUCCAGUGACAAGGAUUCAGCAGCACUCCCAGACUGUGUACCUGUUCCUUCGUGGAGAGUGCAACCCCAUCCAGGGCAGGCAGUUGACCAAUUUUUCAGACUCAGGAACCCUUCACCCACAGUGCCUCUGUUUUACUAGGAUUUAAGCUGAGCUUAUUUUCUCUCAUCCAUCCUACCAACUGCAUCCAGGCUGCAGUUCAGAGCCCAUACAGCAUCCGCUGAUUCAGAUGUUAUGGAGAAACAGAGCUGAGUGUCAUCGGUGCAUUUGUAGCACCUUGCUCCGAAAUGCCUAAAGACUUCCAGAGGCUUCAUAUACACAGAUAUCUUUAAAAGUAUUGGGGAUAAAAUAGUAUCCUGCAGCACCCCAUAGCAGACUUGCCAGGGGGGCAAAAAGCACUCUGCCAAUGCUACUGUCUGGAUUCAGCCCUAUAGGUAGGACUGGAACCAUAGGAGACCGUUCCCAAUGAAAUAUUUGAGGGGGGGCCCCUCACUUAAUCGGCAUUGCCAUUCAAAUGGUGUGUGUAUGGCACAUCAUGUGAUAAAUCAUGCAGGCAGGGCUUCCCUGCCCCCCCAUAUUUUAUUCAAGUUGGCACCCCUAGCUGUAACAGAGUGCCUCCAGUUCCCAUCCACAGAGUCUGUCCAGGAAGAUACUAUGGUCUGUGGCAUCAAAAGCCACAGGGAGAUCCAGAAGAAAGAGCAAGGUCACACUCCCCUUGUCCUAAUCUCUUUAAAGAUCAUCCAUCAGGUGACCGAGGAUGACACAGUCCCAUGGACCAGUCCAGUUUGGAAUGAGUCUAUAUAAUCCCUGCCAUCAAAAAAUGCUUAUAGCUGCCUCUCCGUAACUCUCUUAACCACCUUCCCCCCAAAAAGGGAGUAUUUGCAACUGAUUGAUAGUUUUUUGAUGUUCACAAUUGAAUCAUAGAUACAUGAAGAUUGAGAUGCUCAAGACCCAAGUAACACAUAGCAGGCUGCUUGCUUUUUUCCUAAAGGGAUUCAUCACUUGCUGACUAACUAUAAGAAUCCACCAUCACAAAUUGUGACUCAGAAUAAUGACCUCCAGCCUAUUUUAGGGUUAUGGUGGCACACUGAGGCUAUGAUUCUAUAUCUGCUUACCUGGGGAAAGGUUUCAUUGAACUCAGUCAUGUAACUGUUAAAACAUAGUCUCUCUCUUAGGCAAAAAAGUGGCAGACCUAGAGUUGGUUUAUGACAUAGAACUUGUUAUACUCUUUCCACAAACAUUUCCUUUCUUAUUUCCAAAGUGAUCUCCCUGCAAAAGUGAGCAGCUGAAUGGGAACUCCUAUCUGGCUCAUAACAAUUAGGCAAGUGAAAUACCAUGAAAUACAGGAAAUGUUAGUUGAAGCAGUUCUCCAGUUUUGUUUGCUUUAGAGAGGAAGUGUUUAUGAUUUUUGUCUUUUUUUUCUUUUUAAAGAAAUUCAGUUGGUUAAACUACUUGGUUUGAAGCAUUUGCACGUGGUCCCUUUGCUAGCAGCAAUUCCCAAGAUCAUGGUACAUGAAUAGCUUGGUUUUCUAUUCUUAACACAUUCAACCAAAUAUGUCCUUGCUACUUCUUAAACUGAUGAAGAUUAAGGACUUAGAGCUCCAAAGUUCUUAUUGUGUUAGUGCUGAAGUAAUUGAAUAUAUUCAUUAAAAAAUAAUAAUGGGAGGGGGGACGGACGACUAUAUGUACAUAGAUCAGGGGUGAUGAAUCACCACAGAUCUCAUUUUGGGUCAUGAGGCUAUUUCCCCCAAAACCAUGCCACCUAUUUUCCCCAAAACCAUGCCACCUACCCCAUCUGAUGUCAGGAGUGGGCUAAGUAUAGAUAAAGCUUCCAAUGCACAAUCCAGACUCUUAAAGUGCAAAGGAUUUAUAUCACCAGCUAUCAGAGGAUAGGUGGUGACUUCAAGCCUGCUAGAUCAGCUUCACUACCUAAGGUCAUGCAGCCGCCCCUGCAGGAAACAGAGCUUUGAGUCUCACCGCCUACCAGUUUAUGGGUGGCAACUUCAUGCCCCAGUUUUCCCUCUGUAAAGUAUUAUAGAUUAUUUAUCCCAUCCAUCAAUAGCUUUGAAAGGUAGGCAAACUUGUGCUUGGAGAAACUGAGGCUGAGAGAUAGCGACUUGCCCAGGGUCCCCCAUGAGCUUGUGGUAGAGUAUACAGUUUGAACCCAGUUCUGCCAUAUGCAAAUCCAGUAACUUACCUAGGGGACAAAACUGAAUUAGGAUCUUAUCACUCUGCCUUUUGAAUCCAUGGCAGCUAUGGUUUCUGUCCAUAUUUCCUUCUGCUAUAUGUUGACAUAGGCUGCACCACCAUGGAGUGAGUGUUGUUGUUGUUGUUGUUUUGCACACCAAUCCAAAAACUGAAUCCAGCUGUUUCAUGAUCAGAUCAACUUCUGGUUGCACAAUUGGAAGCUGAAAUGUCCUUGCUGAACUACAUAUCUGUCACAAACCAAAAGUCUUUCAAAAGUUGGCCCUUGUUUCUGGACCAGCCUAAUGACUUGUUUCAUUCUUCAUUUUGUCACAUGUUGUCUUCAUUUUGUUUACUUUUCCCCAUGUCUCCUAGAAGUAUCCUUGCUUCCUUGUCAUCUCACCUUACUAGAUAUAGCCACAGGAUCCUCAACCUGUUCAAAUGAUGUACUGGUCAACAUGUUUCAUAAAAUAUUGUCAUUUUUUAUUUCCCAAAGCUACACUAUGAAUUUGUUUUUAACAUUUCAAAUAUAAAUUAAAUUAAAUUGCUUUGUUUGCUUUAUAGUUUAGACAACUCAGUAGGCUGCCUUGGAAGUCCAUUCAAUCCAUUAACAUUAAAUCAACAACUUGAGCUUCCUUCUGUCUUCCUCCAGCAGGAUUAAUGGAUUUUGGCAUGAUUGGGACAUCUAACAGUAAAAGCUCUUGCUGGGAGAGCUAGGAAGCUUGACUAAUUCCCAGCAGUGCUGACUUCAUAAAGUUUUAUUUCAAGGUUUUAAGUUUGAUGGAAGAUUAAAGGUAAUGACUUCAUGCUGAUACCUUUGAGUGUGGAAUACAUGAACACCAUUAUCAAAUAUGUAGUGCAAAAGCUGCCUUUCUAACUGGAAUAUGAACAAGGAAGUUUUACCUAUUACUCUACCGCAUUAGACUUUUCGUAUUUAUUUGAAGCAAAACUCUUGUAAUCUGUUAAGCAGUAUCUUUUCCAAAUUUUUGAGUCAUACCUGAUAGGUAAUGCCAGACAGCCUGACACUUAGUUUCAAUACCUGGCAGAGAGAGAACUAUGUUUUGUUAAGAACAGUUUAUGUUUUAAUAGAAGAGCUGUUGAUAAUGUUCUUGUAACAAGACCAUCAAUUUUCACCAGCAAAUCAAACUCUUAUUAAAGCUUCUUCUCUCCCACCCAGACAUUUCAGACUUGAGAAUGAGAAUUCAGGAAAGACAACAAAAAGUUGGAGGGAGAUGGAAAAAUAUUUUCAGCCUGUCUGACAAGACUGCAUAAAAAGCUUGUGAUCAAAGCAUAUUAAGUACAUGUUACUGGUGUGACAAACAACAUUUUUGUCCCUUUAUUAGAUUUAUUUUUCUCUUCUGAAAACUGCAGUGACCAGUAUAUAGAUUGUGAAAGAAGGCUGGCAGGGUAGUAUUCUUUGAUUCCUAAUUAACACCUUCGGUCUCAAAAGAGAACUAACAGAAAUACCAUAAAAUGUUACAGCUGCAUUGUUAUUCCGCUUGGUUGGUUUGUUAAAAGUCGGCUGGGCACUGGCAGCUGCAAUAAAGGGAAAGCUCAAUGGAUGUUUUGUAUUGUGCCCACUGAAGUGAAAGAAGGCAACCAUUUUAUUUUCAAAUGGGCAGCUGCAUAGUGAAGUUUAAAUGGAUCUAAAUACAAGAUCUACUGUUAACAUAUAGUAAUUGACAAUAAAUAAAGGAAUAGCACAGCCAACUUCCAUCUGUUUUGUCUCUGGCACACAAAUUUUAGGAAAACUUUUCACGAAGAAACAAACACAUUUGCAGAGUUUUGUGAACAGAAAAAAACAAGAGUGCAACACAUUAACAGGGUGGAACAUUUAGAGUUAAAGCAGAACUUUUGAAGCAUUUUAGAAAGCCACUAUUUCAAAUAACACAUUUAUGGGAUACACAAUAUCAGGACUCCCGGCGCCCACUUUUAUUUAUUUUUAAAUCAUUUCCCCUCCUCAAGUGUAUAAAUUGAGACAUCAUUAUCAUUCCAGUCCUUCACAUUCUUAUUUUGCCAUAGUAGUGAAAUAAAGAAAACAUUUAAACUCUGGUCAGAUAAGAUGCACACACAUUUAGAAAAUGCAAUUAGGGAAAUAUGGAAAUCUAGAUGUUUCAUCAAAUGCUUGCUAAGGAGUCCUCUGUUCUUUUUGUGCACAAUGACUGAACUAAAGAACUUCAGUCGCUGUGUAAGAACCAUUGUUCCAGCCACAGCACUUAUUAGAAACAGAGUCCAGACUGGCGUGGGAAAUACCUAUGUAUUUGACAUCGCCCCUGUUUUGGAGAGAAAUGGAGUGGAAUAGAAAGUAUAAGGAGAUUUUACUGUUGCAUUCUAAUCAGCCAUGAUCUGUCUAAUUUGUUUUGCUUCAGAAGAUAAAACUAAUAUUCUUCUGGAUAAAAGUAAUUAACAAGCCAAUAGUAUCAUGUUGAAUACGGAAUGGAACAGCAGACACUGUAAGUUUUGGGAGCAUAGUACUGUACUGUAUAACUUUUCAAAUCAUCAGAGAAUACUUUAUUUCAUACUACGAUGCUGACAUAGGAUAGGUUUUAACUAACGGUUCUGUUUCAAAUUGGGAAGAAUAAGAUUAUGAAACUAAAACAAGACUUCAGUCGAGCUAUUAUCAUCUGUAUCACUGAAUACAGGUUCUGCUAUCUGUAUUUAAAUAUUAAAAGUGUCUUGGUUGGAAUAUAACAUUGUAUUUUCCUAAGUUCCGUAAAUUUAUUACCAGUGAUUGGAAUAUGGAUAGUGUGCUACUAGUCAGCCAUAGUUAGUAUUUUAUUUAACAAAUGCAUUUGUUAAUUUAUACCAUUUACUUAUAGUAAUCAUAUUUAAUUUUUUUUAUUUAUACACGCACAUGGAAAUAUGCUUAGUUUUUAUUGCCUUAUACAAAUUAACUCAGUCUUUCUUGAUGGUUCUUUCCUUCUGAGGUCAUGUAUCAAACUAAAUAGUUCUAUGUUGUCAAGUACUUUGGGGACUUAAUGACUGGACCCACCUGGAUUAGUUGCAUGCAGAGGUUUACGUACUAUAGUUUGUUUUAUAGUUAGACACCUGACAUGGGGGGGGGAGUGAAACUUAUAAAUAUGGAAAUGGAAUAAGAUACUUGUUCUUCUUCAACCCAUUAGCAUCCUCUUCUUUAUUUCCCUGCUUCCCCUUUCUCUGUGAUUCUGUUAACCUCCAUUUACCAAGUCUCUGCUUUCCCCUGCCUCAUUUCAACUUUCCCGUUUUGUGUUUCCCCCUAUCCUUACCCCCAUUUGCUUUGGGGGCCCUGCUCCAUUUUCUUCCUGUUGUCUCCUGUGGAAUAAUAAUGAGGCAGGUGCCAAACUUGGGUUUUCUACAACUUUAUUAAUCGCAAUCCUAGAAUCACGAAAUGAUUUGAUAGGUGGUGGUGGCGGGGAUCUCUCUCUUUCUCUCCGCAACUUUAUCUGAGGAACUGGGCUGGCUCUCCAGCAGCAGUUGUCCCUCAGGUGUCACGGCUUAAACUGUACAAUUGUUAAGGCAGAUUAAAAAGACAUUAUUAAAUUUUGAACAGUGCAAAAUGUUACUAAAACCAGCAUGAACUAGCAUGGCCAUGCCAGAAAUCUAAACACAGACUCAGUCUAACCUUUAAAAGCAGCAAUAAAAAGGUCUUUAAAGUCCACUUAAAGAUCUUGAGCAGUGGAACCUUCACAUGGAACUGUGGGGCUAACUCUAAGGACGUCUCAAAUAGUGCCGCAAAUCUUUCAAUCUUGAAAUAUUUUCAGUUUAUGUGAUUUGGAGAGCAGGAAGAAGGUGCUUCCAGCUAUUUAAAAAUGUCUUAAUCUUUUGCCUCUUGCAUCCUUUUUAUGAAAGGAACAAAAUGAAUAAACAAUGGAAGUCUAUAAAACAAGGAAAAGACAAAACAUACUAAAACAAUUUUUGCAAAGGUCUUUUUAAUUGCAUCAAAUGCAACAUCUAAGAUGUUGGAACUCAUCUGGGAACAAUAAAAAAAAUGUAAGUCAAACCACCCUAUUUGUCCUUUAUCAGCAUCAUUGCUGAAUUGUACCUUUCAUUUUUAAAAUAGCAACAUAAUUGAACAAUUGUCAGUUUAAAGUUCCUGGAUUCAAACUGAUUAUACAUAAUAAAAAUAACAAGCCAUGACAAAUAGGCAAAUAGAUUUCGAUAAUUCACUAAAGAAUGUCUCUACCAAGCCUUUGUGGCGUAUGUCUUGUUUGCAAGACAAAUGCAGAGUUGAAAUAACAACCCAUGAAUACCACUGGUGAAAUGGCUAUGUACACAAGGUGAAUGCUAAAGCUUUUCCUUCUGAAUGGACCUUUUAAUCUAGGCAUUAUCUAAACUCUGAAAAAGCCUUCAGUGGCCUUACAUACAGAUUAAUGGGAAAAGCUGAGACCUAGAGUUGGGCUAUUUGCAGAAAAAGUUUUAAAGAUUUACUGAUGGUUGACAAAUGCCAUUUAAGUUUCAAAGCCAUCAAUAACCUAUUGAAAAAGAUUUAAAGGGAAACCCUCCCACUAUAGAAAGAGACCUGACUCUGAAAUAUCUCAGCAGAAGCUCCUUCUCUUCCCCCCACCCCAAGCUUUCCCUACAUAACCUCCACUGACUUUCUUUGCUAUUUGGAACCCUUGGAACAAGUGACCUUGGAAAAGAGGAGGUAAGGCCCCUUUUAGAGACAUUUGUAUAUAACUGAUUGUGCCAAACUGCUAUUGUGCAGGCAUGAGAAUUAAACAGAACUGUUUCCAGAAAAGUCUCUGGGAUCAUGGACAGGCUUUCAAUAGCCUUUCUGCUAAUAGUUUUUUAAUGUGGGAGAUGGGAGUGGCGGAAUAAAUUUUGUCAAGAAUUUUGUCGAAUCUGAAACCUUGUCCAAAACCUUUAUCUUAACCUGUGUGAAGUUUGAGAAGCUUGUUUUUCUUUCAACUUUCUUAACAGCUAGUCAAACUCCAAUUUAUAUGUAUGUGGUAUAUGCCCUUUGCAGAUGCAUUUCUGCAAAUAUGACCCAUACAAACAAGUUGUUAACAUUUUGGUGCAGAAAAGAGGAAGAAAAGCAAUUACAAGUCAUUCAUAAAUUCAUUUUUAAAAAAACCAAAAAACUUUUGCUCUUGUGAGUUGUAUGGAGAAUAAAAAAUAUAAUUAAUUUAAUACUACCAGGGGAUAUUGAGAUAAGUAUUAAUUCAUGUUUCUGAUUAUCUUUAUUACAGUAUGGCUAGGUUUCAGCAUUGAAAUAGCCUUGUUUGCUUUUAUGGAUGUGUUACGCACAACCCAAGUCUCUAAGCAGUGAGAGGCUUCAGAGGUUCCUAUAUUGACCCAGGGUACUGUGGUCAAAAGGGACGUGGGUGGCGCUGUGGGUUAAACCACAGAGCCUGGGACUUGCCGAUCAGAAGGUUGGCGGUUCAAAUCCCCGCAACGGAGUGAGCUCCCGUUGCUCGGUCCCUGCUCCUGCCAACCUAGCAGUUCGAAAGCACGUCAAAGUGCAAGUAGAUAAAUAGCUACCGCUCCAUCAGGAAGGUAAACGGUGUUUCCGUGCGAUGCUCUGGUUUGCCAGAAGCAGCUUAGUCAUGCUGGCCACAUGUACGCCAGCUCCCUUGGCCAAUAGAGCAAGAUGAGCGCUGCAACCCCAGAGUCGGCCACGACUGGACCUAAUGGUCCCUUUACCUUUACUGUGGUCAAAGAUACUGUGGUAUCUUUAGGAUAUGUAGCUUUAGUUGCACCCACAGACAUAUAUAUAACCUGAGCAAAGGAUAAAGGAGCUCACAGUUUUACCACUCCAACAGAUCUUAUUUCCCCAUUCGGUUUCCAGGGGAGCACCAAAUCUAGCACAUAGCAAGACAAGUCACUGUCUCUCCAGCUUCCAGCCAAACUCUCACAACUUUCAGAUACGCCACCCCUCUAGGCCUGUUGUUCUCCAUCCUGGAUGACAUGGCACCAGCCAGGUGAGGUAGGAAAAGGCCCAUCAUUUGUUUCUCCUAUUCUCAUUUUUCCCUUUUCCCUAACUGCCUGCCUCUCCCUCACUCUCGCCUCCUAAGUUCAUAGUAGCACCAAUGUCCUGGUCUCAUAUUGUUUAUUGCUCAGCAGCAAUGGUCAAGCAGUACAGACUACCCUCUCUGUACAUGUGUUACCCUGGCAACAGUAUCCUGUGCGAGAAGACAGGUAGGGUACCUGGAGGUAUUCCAAGGAGCAGUGUAAUCAGAAGUUGCUAGUAUCUCUGCCUAUCCAAACCCUAUUGUGCUGUCCAUUUUGUGGGGACAGGAUUACUCCCAGUCUCUAAUGUAAAUAAUAUUAGAAACAUUAGAUUUAAUGAUAACCAGUCGCUUCAUCAUCCUUUCCCAUUACUAUAAGGUAAUUGUUUGAUAUUUAUAUCUUGCAAACUAUUAGCCAAAAAUCUGAAUUUGUGGGGGGGGGGGGGGUUGAAGCUGCCCUGUUAAUAUAUUGCUCACAAUAUUGAAUUUUCUAGAGUGAUAACAUUGUGUCAGUAUACUUAAUAUGCUUAGAAUACUCCUACCGCUGAAAAUAAAAAGUCAACUAGUUGCUUGAUUGAUUCACCAUUGUAUAUAUGUAAUCUGACCCUUCAGUUUCACUUUCUUGAGAUCUCUGGUUAUUUGGUCACUCCUACGCCCUCUCAGUAGAAAAUGGAAAAAAUAUACCGUAUGUGAAAAGAUUAGCCAUCCAUAUCUGAGGAUGCACUAUAGCCACAUCAGUAUUGCUUUAAAAUACAUUUAAAAUACAUUUACCUGGAGUACUGUGUCCAGUUCUGGGCACCACAGUUCAAGAAGGACACUGACAAACUGGAACGUGUCCAGAGGAGGGCAACCAAAAUGGUCAAAGGCCUGGAAACGAUGCCUUAUGAGGAACGGCUAAGGGAGCUGGGCAUGUUUAGCCUGGAGAAGAGGAGGUUAAGGGGUGAUAUGAUAGCCAUGUUCAAAUAUAUAAAAGGAUGUCACAUAGAGGAGGGAGAAAGGUUGUUUUCUGCUGCUCCAGAGAAGCGGACACGGAGCAAUGGAUCCAAACUACAAGAAAGAAGAUUCCACCUAAACAUUAGGAAGAACUUCCUGACAGUAAGAGCUGUUCGACAGUGGAAUUUGCUGCCAAGGAGUGUGGUGGAGUCUCCUUCUUUGGAGGUCUUUAAGCAGAGGCUUGACAACCAUAUGUCAGGAGUGCUCUGAUGGUGUUUCCUGCUAGGCAGGGGGUUGGACUCGAUGGCCCUUGUGGUCUCUUCCAACUCUAUGAUUCUAUGAUUCUAUAUGCUGCACUAAGCUCCUGGGAGGAUGCAGGAAGGUUCACCUAUAAAGCUAAACCAUGGUUUAGUGUUAUGGACACAAGCAGGGGUGCUGCCAGGAUUUUUUGGGCUCAGUAAGCAGUAUGUGGAUUAAAAGGUAAAGGGACCCCUGACCAUUAGGUCCAGUCGUGGCCGACUCUAGGGUUGCGGCGCUCAUCUCGCUUUAUUGGCCGAGGGAGCCAGCGUACAGCUUCCGGGUCAUGUGGCCAUCAUGACUAAGCCGCUUCUGGCGAACCAGAGCAGAGCACGGAAACACCGUUUACCUUCCCGCCGGAGCGGUACCUAUUUAUCUACUUGCACUCUGACGUGCUUUUGAACUGCUAGGUUGGCAGGAUCAGGGACCGAGCAAUGGGAGCUCACCCCGUUGCGGGGAUUCGAACCACCGACCUUCUGAUUGGCAAGUCCUAGGCUCUGUGGUUUAACCCACAGCACCACCCACGUCCCUAGUAUGUGGAUUAGGCACUCACAAAAGAAGACAUACAUUUGCAUAAAAAUUGCAUAUACUUUGUCAUAUGCAAAUUUGUGCCCUCUUUUGCAGAGGAACCAAAGGCACAUUGGGACCCACAUACAAGUAGUAAGAUGUCUAACAGAAUGUAAACAUAUGAAGCAUUCCCCAUAAUCAUUUUUCAGUACUAGAAAGGGUUUACUCUGUUAAAUUUCUGCCUACCCCACAGCUGCUAAAGGCACAAGACCACAUUGCAUUUGUACUAGUGCAAACCAAUUGAUAAGAGCAUGAGGUUCUUAAUCUCAGGGUCAUGGAUUUGAGGCAAAAGAUUCCUGCAUUGAAGGGGGAUUGGACUAGAUGAUCCCUAGGAUCCCUUCCAGCUCUGCAAUCCUAUAGUUAACAUUAAUCAUGGUUUGCAAACCAGUUUCAGCUACACGGUUUCGACCUAUCAUUACAACCACAAUUAGGGCAGCCUUUGCAGAUUGGUGCCCACAGCAUCAGGACCCUGGAGAGUACACAAUAAACCAGACAAAGUUAAAGCUAGCAAGUGAGGCUAAGAGCGAAACUACAUGUUAUAACAACAAUCCUUUUUUUAAAAAAAGUAUACAUAGACUAUGUUUUAUUUUGAAGAAAAACCAUGCUUGGAGCCCUGAUCUGGAGUAUGUUUCCCUGCUGAAAGCUAUUUGUCCCCCAAAGGUGUAACAGCACAUUUAGGGCAAAUUGGAGUGCAGGGUGGGGAACCAGAUUGGGGACAUGUUCUGGACUGACAUCCAAAAUCUGCUUGUUAUUCACAGUAAAAGUAGCCAGUUUAAGUACACUUGGGGGGGUGCUUUGUCAUGAUGUAGCUCAGCCCUUGAGUAGCUCAGACUGUUGCUUCACUGGUCAGAAGCCUACUGAAUGCUGAUAUCAGGUGUGAGUACUUGGGACCCAGCUUCCUAAUGGAGGUCACCUGCCAGUCGAGGAGGAUAACACUGAGUUUCUGAGGGCUGCGCUACAUCAGUGGUGGAAAGUCUCCUGAUCUCCACCACUUCUAGGACUGGUAUGUUGGUGAAGGCCAGAAGUUGAGGGAGCUUCCAAAGAAGAAGAAUCUUCUCUGAGAAUGACAACUCGUGAUGGGAGAAAGUCUGGUCCUGAGGAGAAGAUGGGGUGGGCUUAAGUAGUGCAGCGUCCAACCAUAGCAGGAUGCAAGUGCAUGCAUGAGGCCAGAUGCCAGGACUUCGCCUUCCCAAAUUGGUUCCAAAGGCCACCCACAGCCAACUUGGGGCACAGCAGCAGUGAGAUUGUGAUAGUUGCUCCCAGGUGUGAUUUUUGCAACAGGGUUUUUUGUUUUUUUUACCUAAGCCCGAUCUGAUUUUUAUAUAAAAAUCUGCAAACUGGACACUAAUUUCUUAGGUACGUAUCAAUAUUGGUCAUAGUACAAAUUUGCAGGGUCUUUGUUUUUGCAGAAAUUGGCCCUAUUCAGAACAUUUCCCUUCAAAUGUGUAGUACAGUGGUACCUCAGGUUACAUACGCUUCAGGUUACAUAUGCUUCAGGUUAAAGACUCCGCUAACCCAGAAAUAGUGCUUCAGGUUAAGAACUUUGCUUCAGGAUGAGAACAGAAAUUGGGCUGUGGUGGCACGGCAGCAGCAGGAGGCCCAAUUAGCUAAAGUGGUGCUUCAGGUUAAGAACAGUUUCAGGUUAAGUACGGACCUCCGGAACGAAUUAAGUACUUAACCCGAGGUAUCACUGUAUUCAUUUAAAAAAGCACUGUUGCUGGUAUAUGUACAAAAUACGUCAUCACCCGAAGGCUUUAUCUUAUUGUCCAUUAAAAUAUAAUUAAUUUGACUGGGAUUUCAUUUGCUGUACUUUUGUUCCUUUGCCAAAGAAAAUCUUUUGUUCCUUUGCCAAAACAAAGGGGGUAGUAGCCAACUACUGAAGAGAAAGAAAGGCAUGAUUAAAUAUUACAACAAAAGAGGGAAUUUAAUAACUACUCUGGUGUUGUUUAAUAAAUUAGCUUUUGAAGUGACUGUUAAACAACACAUUGAGUUGAAAAUGGGUAAUUGUUAAUAUUUCUUAACAAUAAAACUGUCAUUUAUUUCCAGGUUUGCCCUGUGUAACUGUAUGCUGUCAAAUGAAUAGCUGUAAACUAGUAAAAUGUAUUUCUGCAUUAAAAUGUUGGCUAAAAACAGUGUGAGCCUCUGGUGUGAAUAAUCAGCAUGAUAAGAACUUAAAAUGCACACCCAGAACACCUGCUUAAAAUAACAUUUCCCACAAAAUGAAAGAUGUUCUGUAUUAAGUAUCAUUUGCUGCCAGGUCUACAACCUGAGUCCGCUGAAGCAAGAUGUUCUAAGUCUGAGGCUGACUUCCUCCAAUACAAUCAGUGGCUCAAACUUGUGUUCCCCUGUAGCUGGAUUACAGUGCACACUAUUAGUAUAGCAGGACAAUUGUCACUUUCCUAAAAAUAAAAAUGGUGAUUAGAGCAAUUGUUUGUAUUUUAUAUAUGCUGAUUUUGGUUGUAGCAAUACUUAUGCUACUAGUUAAUGAUUUUACACUUCUUAAUUUGGUCUUUUUUUAAAAAAAAAAUAGUGUUGCUGUUUGCAAUGUUUUUAUUCUUUAUUGUUCAUUUAACUUUUUUAUUGGUUUUGAUCUGUUGCGCGCAGUCUUGGUGGUUUGCAGAAAGGUAAUAUAGAAAUAUAAUAAAAUAAGUGAGGUAUACAAGUGGCACCUGCAAAAUGUGGUGCUGGGUAGAGUGCUGCUGUUCAGGGUUCAAGCCAGUCAGCCAUGUAUUGUUCUUUAAUAUUCUGUUCCAUUCUCCCCUUCAAUGGAGUAUUUUCUGUUCCCUCCCCAACCCCACUUCAAGCAAUCAGUCAGCAUUCCAUGGCCACUGUGGAUGAUCAGUCUUCACUGGACUGCUUGGAGGGGGGCGUGUUCUCCCUUCACUUCUCCCCCCACCCAUGAAAGACCCCUCUCUCUCUCUCUCUCUCUCUCUCUCUCUCUCUGUGUGUGUGUGUGUGUGUGUGUUACUGUUGAUGUUUCAAAUUGCUUCAGGAUGCUUUAUGGGAAGUGGUUCAUUAAAAAAAUAAAUAACAUGUGCACAAAUAACAUGUAUCCAUUUGCUUGGAUAGCUCCCAUUCAUAUGGGGCUUGUGCAGGAAAGCCCCACAGUGGGCACAAACCUUUUUAAUGUCUUGUAUAGCUCCCAUGUAUUUUAGUGAAGCCUUCGCAGUGAAGCCACCGUAAUUACACUGUACUAGCAUGAGGAGGAAACAGGCUUUUUAAAAGUAUAAUUAAGUGGAAUACUGCAUAAAAGUGAGGUUGAUGUGACUUAGGAAAACCUGUUGGUUUCCUGUGCCAGGAACUACUGUGGAACCCCACCAGGAAGUGUGCUACAAGCAGGAUCAGAUUGCACCCUUGUUUUGUGGUUCAUUUCACUUAUUUAAUGCAACUUGAGAAUCUGCAAAGGGAGCCCAUUAAAAAGAGAAAUGUAGGGGGUGCUUGGUUUUCUGUGAGUCAAAAUAUUUGCUAUUAUAGUAUUAGGGCAGUAAUAUAGGGCAAAAUUCCUUUGUUUUGCAAUCUACAACUAACAAGAGUGAAAUACAGGUUACUACAUUGUUUUAAAGUAUAUUUAAAUAUUGUUUUAUCAUGUUGCAGUUUUUCUACCAUAGGAAUCAAUUUUCCUGUAAGAAAGCAAGAAGCAACCUGAUUGUGCCAACUAUUUUAAUUUCUUACUGUGGUGUAUUGAAAUCGGUAGCUUAAUAAUAAGAAAAGGCAACCAAAAAUAUGUGGUAGUAGUUUAAAAAUUGUAUUUAAUAAACCACAUCUGCUGUUCUAAAACCAUUUGCUUCAAAGCAAUUCCAUAGAAAUUUGUGGGAUCAUCUGGAAUAAAUGGCUUAAAUACUUCUGGUUCAUCUGACUUUGAAAGGGACCUAUUUUUGUUUGUUGUUUUGUUAAUGUGCUACUUUAAAAUGUACAAACAGCUGUAUACUGCAAUUACGUAUCCUGUAUUAAGACUCUGUCUCUUUCCUUCCUCAGCGAUCUCAGUAUGAACAACAUCACUAGACUGUCCUCAAACUCGCUGCACAAUCUCCGCUUCCUGGAAGAGCUGUACGUAUCUUUGUAUUCUUGACUGACAUAGUUGAGAGAACAUUCUUAGGCACUUCUCUGGGAACCAGAUAACACAGCACAGAAAAAGCUGUGAGCUCUGACACGUUUGGCACAUGCGGAAACACUUAGCUGGAAAAAACACACACCAAUUGCUUGUGAUUCUAGAAAUACACUUACCAAAAAAAAAAAACCCCUAAAAACCCUAAACGAGUUACCACGAGGCUACAACUUUUCUAAGCAGAGACAGGGCUGUAGAAAUUAAUUUUUUUAAGGGUUGUUUAAAAGAGCCGGAUUGCUAUUUGGAAAUAGUUAAGCAGCAGGAUAUUAAAAGUUUGAAUACCAGCUCAUGUUUAUUAAAAUAGUAAGUGAAGUUAUAAUCAAAACCAAAACCUGCUGUUUGGUUCUGCCUGUGUCAAGGACACUUGCAUUCACAUUCCAUGGUACUAAGUCGUCUUGUUGUAAUCACUUUUAAUUACUGUUUCCUUAUUCUUUAGCUUUUAGCAUCCCUCAAGGCUGGCUAUGAAACACAGAACCCUGCAUAGCUUAAUUUGUUCUAUUUGGUGUUUUCUGGUUUUUUUAAAAAAAGAAAAAAACACUAUGCUAUAAAAACUAGUUAAUCAAACACAGGAUCACAAGUGGAAUGUUGAUUAGCAGUGAUGAUGGCCAGCCAGAAGAGGAAACCACUCUAUGCACAUAAGACUAUAUGUAACAGUGACCACAAAACUAAGAAUUUGAAAAUGCUUUGGAUUUUCAUUCUUCAUAUCAACAGUAACUCAAGGCACAGGUAUCCUGGUGAGGUUCACUAAAAGCAAAGUGUUUGUACCUCUGCUUCUUCCCUCUGAUACUCACUUGUGGCAUCUAAUUAGUGGCAAACCACAAAAACCCACAUAUUGUGGACAGCUGCAGUUUUGUUUAUGCAAAUCAAUGUAUCACUUCCUCUUCCUGAAUACCCAGAGUUUACCUGACUUAGUAGUGUCAUGCAAUAUGAGCUACUGUCUAGAAACAUGGGGGCAAGGGCGAUCGUAUCUAGUGAUCUUGCUCCAAAUGUGAGACCUGAUCAGUUGAUACUGGGAUGGCCUCUAUUCUCAUUAUAACACACUUUCUGUCUAGACAAGGGUCCAAACUUGCACUGGGAUGCAUAGCUUCAUGUGAGGAUGUCCUGAUGGGAAUCCUAAGCUUAUUGACUGCAGCAUCUGUGCUCUGAAUGCCCAGUGCCUUGUUCUGUUUUACAGUCUCGCCAUCCAGUCUCCUACAACUGCCUAUGACUGAGUGAAUUACACAAACUAUGUAGAACCUGCAGCCACAUGAUUGCUUUUACAUCUCUAAAGGAGAAAGCCAGAAGGCUGCUGGGGCUAGUUACAGAAUCAUUGAAUAAGACAUAUCCAGUUUCCUUUCUAAGACUGAAAAAUUGGGCUUUGCAAACAAAAGCAGUGUGGGCAAAGCUCCAAGCAGUUUUUAGUACACUUCUCAACAACUUUACAGCAGGUGCCCUUAGUAGAAUAAUGCACAGAUAAGUUCACUUGGGUUGUCUGUUUUGUUUCCCCUCUCCCUUUCAACAGAAUGAUUUGAGAAUUAGUUUCGGGUGACAACCAUUUUGCCAACCAAGUGACAAAGCUGCCUUAAAAGUUAGCUCUGUCUCAGUCACAGGUACAAACCAACAAGCUAAGCCUCAUGCCUUUUUUUUAAAUGACAAAUAUGUGUGACUCCUGUGUGAUUUCAGUUUUGUUAAUCUAUUGGUGGGGGGCAUUAGUGAGAACAAUCUUUCCAGGACUAUUCGGUAAUUCCAUAAUGAAGUACAAAGACACAGCACAAGUGUAAAAGAAUGCAAUUACAAUUUUCAGAAGAAAAAUGCUAGCUUUUUAACAGUAGAUGUCGAACAAUUACACUGUGCCUGAAGCAGUAGCGACAGAUGGCAUUUGCAACCACUUAGGGAGGGCAUUCAGCCUCUUGUGUGCCCAUGCACGCUGCACUGCAAAACAUCUGCACCUUUUAUCCAGUAUGGACAUUAGCUGGUUGUUUUUCAGGAGGGCGAGUAGAAAUCUUUUGCAUGUCAGCUGGUUGGCUUUGCUGGCUGCUUUAUUUCACCUGUUCUGUACUGGGUUUCCGGCAGAUGUCCUUAUCGGAUGGUUGCUUUUAAAUAGGUUAAUUGGCAACAUUGGCAGGUAGGUUCAGGAAGUUAAUAGGCAGUUAAGGUUCAGUGACCAGUCUUGGGUACCUUUAAAGGUGAAGGGAGCAGAUGCAAUACCUUUCAGAACCGUUGGACCUGCUGCCAGGAUAAAGAUGUCCUUUGAAGUCAACCUGUAAAACUCGCUUGCAGUUGUGGUGCUCUGAGAGGGGGUGAAGCAGUACUUCCUCUAUAUUCACCUGGAAGGCGGGACUUAAGGAACAGGGUAGAUUAAAUGCUACCUAUUACCCUUAGCAGAAUUGGCUCACUCAGUUUGUUACGUGCAGUUGGCACUAUUUUUAUGGGGGUUUUUUAUACAAGUGUGGUGGGUAAGCAAUAUAAAUUGCUAUGAACAGCAAAAAAUAAAAAUAAAAAGUGCCAGUACUCUGUAUCAGCGUAUACCUAUACACUGGAGGGGCCAGUGUGGUGUAGUGGUUAAGAGCGGUAGACUCGUAAUCUGGUGAACUGGGUUUGCGUCUCCGCUCCUCCACAUGCAGCUGCUGGGUGACCUUCAGCUAGUUACACUUCUUUGAAGUCUCUCAGCCCCACUCACCUCACAGAGUGUUUGUUGUGGAGGAGGAAGGGAAAGGAGAAAGUUAGCUGCUUUGAGACUCCUUCGGGUAGUGAUAAAGAGGGAUAUCAAAUCCAAACUCUUCUUCUAUAUGGUCGCAAAACCUAGCAAUACUAGAGGAGCAUAAUCUCUCACAAGUCAUAUCUGAAUGAGGUGAGGCAUAUGAAAAUGGCUGUCGUAGAGCAGAUAAAAAAUGUAGCCUUGCCAUUGUUCCAUGGAGAAGGAUUGCCAUGCCUGAGUAACUGUGUAGUGCAGUGAUGUAAAUAAACUUUGGGAAACAGGCAACAUCAGAAAAAUUGACUUAUCUGACCACACCCUCCAGAGCAGAAUUGGGGUAUGUGUAGAGGGUUUCAGGGAGGAGGGGAAAGAAGGGGAAGUCCUGUCUCACCAGCUGAAGUCAUUCUGCUGGUGUGCAGAUACCACUGGAAGUUGUCCAGUUCAUAUUAUAAUCCUGUAUAGAAAGGGACAUGCAAAGUAAAGAUUAUAAUAGUUGUAUUCAAAGUACAGUAUAGUAGCUUGUAUGAUCAGACAUGCAUGCCUCCAGGUUGGCAGACAGCCAGUGACACAUAAUAAAUUCCACCGUCACAAGACAGGAUUGGUAUGAAGAACUCCACAAUAUUAGUUAAAAUAGAAAAGCCCUGCUCAGCAGAACACAGCAUUUUAAAAUUGAUGUAUUUUUUCAUAUAACUAUUUGGGUUAAUAGCCAAAAAGUAUUACUUUUCUUUGUUUCGUGCAUGUGCUUUUUCUGACAGAGGAUUAUUCUAGCAACAAUAACUAUUAUAAAAGCUAACUAUUUUCAAAGCAAUAAUAAACUGGAUAUCCAAAUGUAUUUGAAUUCUCAUGCAUACGGCUGUUCAGACAGCUGUAAAGUCUGACUCAGCCUCUUCAGUGGCCUGUCCUUUAGUUAAUUUAACCAAGGUUCCUGUUUACAGUCCAUUUGCUCCUCCGUUGUCUCAGACGAGAUGCAGCCAAGCAAAUAAAAUGCAGGUUAUGGUUUAGAUUUCUGUCGUGUUGCUUAUUUAAAAAUGGAAGCAUUGCUUCAGUUUGGACAUAUCCUGAAGCAUUUAUAGCAAUAGUUUUCCGCUGCUGCUAGUAUAGCACUUUGGGGAACAAUGUUGCCACUACCCAACCGUUAAAAAUCAAUAGAAUUUAUUAUAUUUUCAACUUGUAGAAGUUGUGUUAGUCAGAGUGGCUAUCUUGAUUAUACAAAAAUUGAGGCAACUUGGGAAUUUGCAUGGUUUUGAAAUUGCGUUUAUUGUUUGUUUCAUAAAAUUUAUACACCGCUUGAUUAAAAAAAUUAGUGUGGUUUACAAAAAGGUAAAACAAUUAAAAAAUAAAAAAUACAACCCUACUUUCAAACACACAGAAGUUAAAAUACUAAAACGUAUUAAAAUUCCCUCAACUUCCUAAGCAUAUGGGUAGGCUUGUUGAAAACAAGAAUCCUUUUAGCAUGUGCAGAAAAGAAUACAGUGAAGGCACCUGCUUGAUCUCAAUGGGCAGCGAGUUCCAAAGUUCAGUUGCUGUCACACUAAACGACUGACUUCUUACAAAUGUGGAACUGGUAUUAUGUGGCACCUAUAGUGGUGCCAAUUACACUGAUCGAUGCUUUCAAGUGAGUGCAUGUGGGAUAAAGCGAUCUCGUAGGUAAACUGGUCCCAAGUUGUUAAGGGCUUUAUAUGCCAAUAGUAAAUACCUUGAGCUUGGCGCGGUAGCAAAUCUGUGCAGAUCUGAGCACAGGCAUUAUAUGCUUGCAAGGGCUCACUUCCUCCAGCAAUUGUUCUGCAGCAUACAUUUAUGAUGGUCGUAUGUGUUUGGGUUGGUUUGUUUUAAAUAAAUCUGCAAACAGCCCUGUACCCGGAAAGGUACGUUAGAAAUUGGUUUGUCUACUUAUAGAGUAAUUCACACUGAUGUUAGUGUGUUAUAAGAAAAAACUGCUCUUUUCCCUUAUGGGGUACCCAAGAGCCCAUAUAAAAUCCUUAUGUAGGUUCUAUCAGUAGGAGAAAAUAACAGAGGCUAACCAGAAAAUAUUGAGAAGCAAAGCAGCUAGUAAGUCUGAUCUUUAUUAAACUAUCGCAACAGGGUGCUCAACCCACCAUGCAGGAGGGAGGAGGAACCCAGAACAAAGGUGUGCAAGCCCUUAUACAGUGGUACCUUGGGUUAAGUACUUAAUUCGUUCUGGAGGUCCGUUCUUAACUUGAAACUGUUCUUAACCUGAAGCACCACUUUAGCUAAUGGGGCCUGCUGCUGCCGCACCACCGGAGCACGAUUUCUGUUCUCAUCCUGAAGCAAAGUUCUUAACCCGAGGUACUAUUUCUGGGUUAGCGGAGUCUGUAACCUGAAGCGUAUGUAACCUGAAGCGCAUGUAACCCAAGGUACCACUGUAUAGAUUUUUGAAAUUGCCACCCUAUAGCUCAAGGCCACCUCCAAUACAUCAUACAUACAUCACAGAAGGAGCGGUCUACAGCAGAAUCCUGUCUGGCAGGAAACCUGUUAAUGGGUUUACCUGGACAGCCUGGCCAUUCUUUUGUGAUGAUAAAUACUUAAUUCCUGAGUCCAGGUCACAAGCUCACCCUAGUCAUACCCAGUUGUACCCAUAAUGCAGGAUUUGUGAGCACAAAGACAAUGGGGAGGCUUUUCCCAUUUCCAUCCAGAUUGCAGAGGAAUAUUUGAGGUCACUGAAGAGUCAAAAUGACUUUAGGACUGUUUUCCUGUACUGUUUCAGACACGUGGUUUGUAUAUUUAUAUAUGUGUUUGCCUGGUACAUUUAUGAACAUUUAUUUUAUAUCUUAGACCUUGUAAUUCUCAUAGCAGUAGGAACUUGCUUCUGAGUUAAAUAUGCUUUGAUUUUAUUGAAAAUCGAUUAAAUCAUGAGAUUCAAAACCUAAGGCAGAGAGAAGUACAGGCAAUCCUGGCUGUUCCAAGGAGAACCUCAACUGCAGCCCGAACCAUGAAUGAGUUCAAUGGCAGUCUUUCAUUCAUUUCUUCGCUAUACCAGAUGGGUAGCAGCGAUUUAAAAUAAAAUAAUGACCACAUAAAACCAGGUGAACCCAUGGUUGAAACUUUUUUUUUUUGUCCCACUGACACAAAUUAUACUAAAGUGAACAAUUCAUGGAAUAACAUUGGUGUUAACUUUUCUGGACUACUGUAGACCAAAAUUCUCUGGACAUUCACAAAAAUCAAUAAAACACACAGAUGUGGUUCGAUAGUUACACAGAAUCUAGAAUACAAAGUAUCCUGCACCCCUCCCCCAAACCAGAUCAGCCUUUGCUAUUUAUUUAUUUAUUUAUUUAUUUAUUUAUUUAUUUUUAAGGGAAAGCAAUUUGGAUGCACAUUUAAAUGCACCAAAGCAAAUAAUUAAAAUUUGAAGGGCUGGCUGAAUUAAAAGGUCUUUACCUGGUGGAAAAAAUGGCCAUAAUGUGGAUGCACCACAUUGCAUCAGCUAGUGGGGGGGCAGGGCAGUGAUCCUGCUUAGUGCUGGAGGCUGUCUUCAGGUGCUUAAGGUGCUUUUCAAAACUACUGUUUGAAACAGCCCGUGCUUCUCUUUUAAGAGAGCAGGUGGGAAGUGCCUCUUCCUUGCUAUCCCGCUACUCUCAGUGAUGUACAGUGGUACCUUGGGUUACAUACGUUUCAGGUUACAUACGCUUCAGGUUACAGACUCCGCUAACCCAGAAAUAGUACCUCGGGUUAAGAACUUUGCUUCAGGAUAAGAACAGAAAUCGUGCAGCGGCGGCGCAGCGGCAACAGGAGGCUCCAUUAGCUAAAGUGGUGCUUCAAGUUAAGAACAGUUUCAGGUUAAGAGUGGACCUCCGGAAUGAAUUAAGUUCUUAACCAGAGGUACCACUGUAUUUGAAAUAAAAGUUGACAUAACACUUAUCAAAUUCCUCUGAUACUCUGCUCAGGUUGACAUCAGCAGUUAACAUUAUUUUAAGAAGCACAUGUGUAACACAGAAAGGCAAAUGAUCAUCAGCUCAUUUCCACAUGGAAUUUCUAUCCAUUCACGACCAGUCGGCUUUUUAAAGCACAACACUCUGAAGGAACGUGCACCAUUUUUGUAACCAUGUGCUCUCUUGUAGCUAAUGAAGCUUGGCAAUUUAUCUGUGUGCUUUCUAUGUCUGCUGGGGAAAAUUCAUGUCUACUGGGGCAAAUGUAAAGUUAUGAAAAUAGUAGCCAAUCUGCAUUCUGUAAUUUUGCAUUGUUUGCUACUGAAGCAGAACAGGUUGGACAAUUAGGCGUGCACUGUAAGCCAGGUUUAUUGAAGCAAAUGCAUUUGUACAGCUGACGGUAAAUGGACUGUGUAUUUACGAAAUGUUUCACACGGAAUGUUAAUGAUGACAAAACUAGGAUCUUAAACAACUCCUUCUAGCCCUGGUGCUUCCAAUAUAACUGUCCUGUGUAUUUUAACAUCCAAAUUAAUUCCACAUAAAAUAAAAUCUAUUUAUCUUUUUUCGUUCUAACCCUGCAGACGUCUGGCAGGAAAUGGCUUGACACACAUCCCCAAAGGAGCAUUUUCUGGGCUUUUCAGCCUUAAAGUACUGUAAGUAAACCAACAUUUCUAUGUGGUUUGUUUAAAAGAUCUCGGGGCCUAAUACUAAAGCAACACUUUAAGUGAAUUGUUCAUUUUGAUCAGAGUAUGACCAGGAAAAGAUGGUUAAUGCUUUUAGAAAAAUAAGGCAUUUGCUUCAUUGUAUUAAACCUUGAAACUUUGAAAGAUGAGUGAUGUCCCAAAAUGAGUUCACUCAUAAAGUUAAUGUCUCUGUAUAAUAUCAAAUAAAGAUCUAAUUUUGUAAUUGUUUCUUUAACUUCCUACAAGGGCAGGUUUUAGUUCUCAAAGUUCAGAGACAUUUAUAAUGAGGAUGUAAAAAAGGAGGUCACUUUUAUUUCUAUUUAAAUGGGUGGGAAGAUGGACAAAAUGAGUAGAUUAAUUACUUCAAACAUCAUAGUAUUUAAGAAACGUUACGCCCAUAUCUUAUGUUAUUUCUUGGUAGAUGUCGUCAGUUAAAGAUAAACCUAAUUCUGACACCUCCUUGAAACAUACUUAUUUAGCAAGGCCUCUGCAAAUGUGUAGUUCCAGUUUUCGUUCUUAUUUUUCUAGAUUGUUUUUUUCUAAGCUGCAUUUUAUUCUCUGAGUUGUUAUGUUUUUGUUAAGUAUUUAAUAUUUAUUAGAUUUCUAUACCGCCCUUCAUCCGAGUAUCACAGGGCAGUUUACAAUAUAAAAACACAAAAAUACAUGCUAUAGUAACAAACAAAAACAAUAACCCUACACACAUAACACAGUUCAAAAGGCCAUAUAUUGUUUAGUUAGCCAAAGGCCUGGGAGAAGGGGAGUGUUUUCACCUGGUGCCUAAAUAUAUGUAAUGUAGAUGAUCACAGGGUUCAGGUAAGUUAAUAUGAGGGGAGGUGGUCCUUAAGGUAUUGUGGUCCUAAGCCAUUUAAGGCUUUAUAGCUCAAGACCAGCUCUUUGAAUUGGUUGCAGAAACUAACUAGCAGCCAGUGCGUUCAAGCCAGGAUUGGCAUUAAAUGCUCAAACCAUCUUGCUCUGGUGAUGAAAGUGGCCACUGAAUUGUGCACUGUCUUCAAGGGCAGCACCAUGUAUAAUGUGUUGCAAUGAUUUAACCUAGAGAUUAUCAGAGCAUAGACAACAAAAGUUAGGCUAUUCCUGUCCAGGUAGGGGUGCUGCUGGGCCACUAGCCAAAGCUGAUGGAAGGUACUCUGCACCACCAAGGCCUCAAGUGACAACAAAGGAUCUAAAAGUAACCCCCAAGCUGCAUACCUGCUCCCUCAGAGGGAAGGUAAUCCCAUCAAGAGCCUCAGUCUUAUCCGGAUUAAGCUUCAGUUUGUUGGCUCUCAUCUAGUCUGUUGCAGAGACAAUACAAGUGCCUCACCUGCGGAUGUAAAGGAGAAGUAGAGCUGGGUGUCAUCAGCAUAUUGCUGACAAUCUACUCCAAAAUUCCAGGUUACCCCGCUCAGUGCUUUCAUGUAGCAUAGGGAAUAAAGGUGAACUAUGAGGAACUCCACAUUGAAGACUCCACAGGGCAGAAGAGCAUUCCUCAAGCAUCACCUUCUGAAAACAACCAUCCAAGUGGGACUGGAACCACUCAUCCACAAUACGGACAGCUCUUUAAAUGAUGAGAAGAGGCACACACUUACAUUUUAUUAAUUUAUCUCAUUAAUAUCCUACCUUCCUCCAUGUAUUUCUCUCUCCUACCCAUUUUAUCCUAACAACAACCCUGUGAGAUAGUUUAGGCUAAGAGAGAGUCUUCCAGCUAUUCCCACUAUGCUACUCUGGCUCUCAAAUUAUACAAAGUUUUGGUUUUAUCUCUAAACCUUGGUUUCAAAAUAUUGGUAACUAGCAGGUGGUACACUCUGUUUUGGAGACCAGAUCUCACACCCAUGUUACUAACCAUUUUCCUUCUGGGGGGGGUUAUACCAGUGUAAGAUACUAAACACUGGCCUCUGGUUUGUAGGCUAAAAUUGUUUAACUCACUCUCUCUCUCUCUCUCUCUCUCCAAACGCAGAAUGCUUCAGAAUAAUUUGCUAAAGCAAGUUCCUGCUGAAGCACUCCAGAACCUGCACUCUCUCCAGUCUCUGUAAGUAUAUGCAUAUACCCUAUAAUACACUACAUGGUUGUUAAUGGUGAUUAUGCCAAAGUAUGUCAUUGUAUAACCUCUGCUUCCAUUAAUUAUAAAAAAAUAGCAUAAUCUGAAGUACAAAGUGACACUAGAUGGCAGAAAUAAGAGUGUACAAAUGAAGCACAAGAUCACAACUUUUUUCAAAGUAUAAUUCUUACUGCUUAAACAAAAAAAUAGUUGAAUAAGGAAUUGCUUCCUUGAGCGUUCUGGUCUCUCUUUCAGAUAGAACAGAUUCAGAUGUACUAAUGCCCUCCAAUGAGAGUGUCCCCUUUAAUAUAUAUUAAAAUAAUAAAUAUACAAUUAGUAUUUUAUGCCACAAAGGCAUAAUCUCUCUUCCUCUUGUGUUUCAAAGGCUGCAGAACAAGGGUUGAGCAAUGUAUUGCACCUGUGUGUCAACUUAGAAUUCUGUCUGAUCCAAUAUUUUACUUUAAAUGAAAGUAAGCCUAAAGUCCACAUGAUUGCUGAAAUAAAUCUGACAAACGAGACCUAAUGAAUACUACAGCAGAAAUGCAUUUCAAAAAGAAACUUUCAUUUCAAUUUUAGUGAUUUUUAAGUCUGUGCGUCAGGCUAACCUAUGUUGCUUCCUCCAACAACCUAAAUAGUGUUUAUUUAUAUGAUAAGCCAUAUAAACAAAGGGUUCUUUGUGGUGUUGAAAGAGAGUUGAAUUUUCAACAGAGUUUCUAAAUAAACUAUCUCGCUAUCUCUCGUUCUUUGUUGCAAAUGCCUUUCUAGAAGAUAGAAAAGAGGAGGCGAAGGAGAAAGAAGGAGAGAAAACUGAGAGGUUGUGUUGACUGUGUAAGGGUGUUUGGUGACAAAAUUAAAAUAAAAAGAGAAUGAGAGUGGUCAGUAGGAACUUUAAACAGCUGUGGAGCAGACAGCAGAUAGGAAUGAUAAGUACCGUACAUGUACAGAGCAGGCUGCUAUCAGUUGAAAGAGGAUCGUUGGCAAAUGUGACCUCUUUGAGGAAAAGAAAACCAGGAUUAUUUUGUUUCUUCCAAAUGACUUAGUGCCCGUCUGAUAAAGGUGUGCAUAGAUUUAGUUUCUCAUUUCAUACAACCUAGUAAUUUUCUAUCCAUAAGGUGAUUUGCGUCUUGGUUUCCGAUUUACAAUGAGGAUUCUUUUGAAACUAUUCAAAACCGGGAAACCUCUUUUUUAAAAAAAAAAAAAAAAAAAGGAGUUGAAAGCUUUAAAAGCCAACUAGGAGCUUCUACAAAAUGGGAGCUUUCUUUUAAGGUAUGACAUGGUUUAGAAGUUAGUUCAUUCGAAGGUGUUUUAUUUGAAUUCUGAGGGCUUUGUCCCAUUUUGCUCAUGUGCCCAUCUUAUUGCUUGUCUACAGGUUACCCAGAAUUGUACAGCUAUGUCUAUUCUUCUGUCUAGCACAAACAGAGCUAUCCCUGCCCUGAAAAGACACAUUCUAUUCCCUAAUGCAGAAUUAAUUUACUAGAUCACCAUGGGGCAAACAGGUUUUCUUCCCAUCCCCACAAAUCCUUUUACCAGUAUCUGAGAGGAUGAUGGGCAUUUUGGACUAGGAUGAGUAGGAUAAGUAGCCUAUUCCUUUAAACCACCAGGCAUUUAUGUCCUAGAUAUUAAUGGGCAGUGCUUAUUUAGAUCAGGGGUAGGGAACGUUUCCCAGCUGGCGGGUCUCAUCCUGCUUUCCCUGCCCCCAGUGGGCCACUUCGACAGGUGGAUAAAGCCUAUAAAACAGAAUUUGCAUGAAGGGUACUGGUUUUUUAAAAUAUCUCUUGGGAACAUGGGAAGCUACCUUAUACCACAUCUGACCAUUGGUCCAUCUAACUUAGUAGUGUCUGCACAGUCUGGCAGCAUCUCCCCAGGGCUUCAUGCUGGUUUCCCUUGCAGCCCUCCCUGGGCAGGCGUGGAACUGAACCUGAGGACCUCUGAAUGCAAAGCAGAUGGUCUACUCUAUGGACCUUCCCCAUAAUGAACAUAGAUCUUAAACAAACCAUUUUAAUGUUUAAUAUUACAUUUCAUUUUGCAUACAAAUUCAGUCUGUAGCCUCUGCUCCAGCCACGUGCUGCAAUGAGAUUCUGUAUGAGGCAAGGUGGGUCGAGUUGUCAAGCUUUGUUCCUCCUUCACUUGAAAGCCCUCUACUAACUGCAUCCUUAUUCUGAUUUGUAUAUAUCUUCCUCUGCAAGUGCUGAAAUGCAGGGACUGCCUGCCCCACAACAUUUAGGAAGACUGGGUUCCCAAAUGUGACACUGGCUUCCCAUGGUUGCAAGCCCAUCUCUUCAUUGCCCAUCCUGACUUUGCUUGUCCCAGCCACGAGAAUCUAUUGACCUGUAUAGAUGGUAUAUUACACCGGUGAAGCAAGCCAAACUCUGUAAGGUAGAUAAUAAAUGCUGGAAAUGUAAGGAAAAAGAAGGUACCCUUUAUCAUAUGUGGUGGGAUUGUAAGAAAGUGAAAUGCUUCUGGGAUAUGAUAUAUAAUGAAAUUAAGAAAAUGUUGAAAUACACAUAUACUAAAACCGGAAGCUUUUCUGCUGGGAAUUGUAGGUACAGACAUUAACAGACAAGAUACUAAGCUUUUCCUAUAUGCAACAACUGCAGCAAGAAUUUUAUUAGCACAGAAGGGCUAAUAAAUAGGGAUGGCCUCUUAGUUCAUGAGCUGCUUGAAGUUGCAUCCUGCUAAAAAAGAGCACUGUGCAUUAGGGAUGCUUGAUUCCCCAUGUGCCAGAGAGGAAACAGCUGGGAUCCUGAAAUUGUGUCUGGAAGCAGCUGCAGAAGCGGGUUUCUGACCCACAACUAGGGGAUAGACCCAGAAGAAAUAUGAGAGCCCCAGAAAGACUAAACCUGUGAAUUAAUCGAAAUGGACUGGGAACUGUGUAAAAAAAAUCCCAAGGCUCAGGAACUGGGCUGUUUGAUUUACUCAAGAGGAAGAAUUCUGGGGGAACUUCUAAGCAGUCUGUGGGCUCAGCUACACAGCUGCAAAUAAAAUGUUUUAAGAACGUUGUAAAGUGCAUUAUACAAAUGUGACACUAGAUCGUGAUGGUGAGCUAUGGCAAAUUCAAUCUAUUUUUCAAGAAGCAUUUCCAGAACAUUUUUUAUAUAUGUCUAGAUUCCACCUGUGUGUUUGGAGGCAGACUGGUGUUCAUGCUCUUUGGACUGUGGGGUAAUUUACAAAAAGACUCUUCCUGUGAGCUCAACAAUGAUUUUGAAAUGAGUUCAAUAUUUGUGAAUUCUGAUGCAACAUAUGCCUAUGUAUUUAGCUGUCCACAUGGAACUCUUCCUCGCAGGUAACAACAGUGUUAUUCAGUCAGGAAUGUGAGAGACAUCCAGAAUUAUGUGCACAGUGGUACCUUGGUUCCUGAACUUAAUCUGUUCUGGGAGUCCAUUCAACUCCUGAAACGGUUCAAAAACCAAGGCGUGGCUUCCGAUUGGCUGCAGGACCUUCCUGCAUUCAAGCAGAAGCUGCAUCAGACAUUCAGCUUCCGAAAAACAUUCGCAAACCGAAACACUUACUUCUGGGUUUGCGGCGUUCAAGAGCCGAUUUGUUUGGGAGCCAAGCUGUUCGAGAACCAAGGUACCACUGUAUCAUGGAAAACACUGCUUUUAGUUCUGCCACUUUAUCUACUCCUCUGGUUCUUAGUGCAUGCCUAAACAAAACUAUAUUCGACUUCAUUGAGCAGACUAUUGCACAUGAAAGUUCAACACCAUAGAGCAUUUGAUUUAUCCUCAAACUGCAACCGACUAAUAAGGCUAUUUCCUGGAGUAUUUUCCUUGUGAUUCAUGGUGGAAUUUUUUUCUAGUGUCAGAUGCACAUGUGCAGAUUUUGUAUAGCAUCUCUUUAAAAAUUCACAAAUAAUAUGAAAGGUUUUUUAAAAAAACCACCUAUGAAGGUGAUCGUGAGGAAAUCCUGCCUAUACAUCUCUUUGGAAUGCCCCAAACUGACAUCUAGGCCUCAGAUGAAAGCUCAAAAUAGCCUCUGAGCAUCUUUAGUUCUCAUUCAUUACUUCCUCUUUUAAUGCCCUUUAUGGCUUCACAGAUCCUGUAUUUGUAUUUUCUCUGAGGUGAAUGUACUUCAUGGCUGUGUCCCAGAAAGUGCACUGUAGUAGCAUAAGGAAUCAGUAUUUUAUUCCUAGAUAUAACGAGAAUAAAUGAGAAAGACUGAUUGUCAUAACUCUUAAAGUAUAAUAUUUUCUACAUAAGCUGCAGAGCAUAUGGCCAGAGCACGCACAAUUUGUUAUUAAAAGUGACACUAGGUUGCAUUCCUUAUGCUUCGUGAAUUCUCCUUGAAAGAUUUGGACAUUUUAAGUGAGUUCAUGAUCAAUUUCAUGUUAUAUUCUUCCUUAUAUGUUUCCUUAUAUGCUAUCUAUAGUAGGAAAUAGUAAAAAAGUAUCCCUAAAUUGGCCCACUUUUGAGCACAAUAGCUGCUUUUAAACUUUCCACAUGUUAGCCAUAUAUUUUAAAUUAUAAAUAAGGUACAGUUUAUGAGCUAAUGGAUUUAGCUUUGAAAGUGCCAAAACUUUGAUCAGCACAACUAAAACAACUGAAUGAAAACGUUAAGGUUUUCAUUGCAUGUUUUAUAGAUCAGCAUGCAUUAUUUACAUUAUGACAGGAAGCACAAUCACUAAUGAAAAGUUUUAUUAUCUGUAACUAGAAAAAUGGUACUUAGGAAUAAAAGAAAAGAUUAGAUAACAAAGGAACAUUUGUGGCGGUAGGUUUUAAGACUGCUUUGUGAACUCUUUAACUGGGUUGCAUUUUCUGUAGUAGUACAUGCUACAGUAGCUUCUUAGCGUGGCAUGUUAAAAAUUAACUUUGCUGGAUUUGAAUGGGAAAUUAGUAUAGUUACUUCUGCAUAGAUGUGUAGUGCAUGCUUGCCAUAAGCUUAGGUAGGUAUAUACCCUGUAACAUUUAAAGGUUAAAAGGCAAUGCACAGAACUAAACCUUUUUUAAAAAGAUGUAUGACUCCAAAGGGCCUGCAGAGUGCCCACCCUCCAAAAAACAGUGGGAUGCUCUCUCUAGGGAGACCUGCCAGUUGUCAACAUUGAUAUAUUUUCAGUACCAGGUCAAAAUGUACUUCCACACCCAGACAUUUAGCUGUUAAUUUUUAUUUUGUGAGGUUUGAUGGCUUUGUUAGUGGCUGUUUAAUAGUGCUUAUACUAAUGUUUGCAGUGGCCGUUGGAUGUUUUGUUUGUCUUGAAUUUAUAUAGGAUCACUUUUAGUCAGAGAUUCUUUUUGAUCCUACCUACUUUUAUUUUUAUUACGUUUUCUCUUCCAAUAUAUAAAUCACCUUGAAACUUUAUGGUAGAAGUGAUUCCUGCAAUGCUAUGUUGACACACAGUCUGGAUAACACAGUUGGUUAGUGUGGGGAGCCAAUAAUGCCAAGGUUGCAGGUUUGAUCCCCAUAUGGGACAGCUGCAUAUUCCCUUUCAACUCUACUGAUUCUGUAGAAUUGUAAAUGGGAAAUGUAAAUGUAAAAUAGCUUGUAGCUGCUUACAACCAGAUGCUGUGCUGACCACUGGUGCUCUUACUAACAAUACCUCCACCACCAAUAGAGCAAUUAAGGCACAAUCCAAAGUUGCUGCUGCCAAGACCCUUCGGGGCAGCAGAGCCACUGCCACAUCUGUAACCCUACUGUUCAUGACAGCAGAAAGUGGGGAGAGGGCAAUUGGGCCCAGCCCCUGUGACAGCUCUAGACAGGCACAGCUGUUGGGUCAAGAUUGGCCCAAUGGCAUCUCCUGACAGCAGAGAGACCAGCUCAGGCAUUUACCCUCACUAGAUUCAACAUGCUGCCAUCUGCCUUAUUGCAGGGCAGAUUCGAGGGUAAACCAUACGCAGAACAAGUCUGUCCCUGCAGCUUGAUGGAGGUAGAAACUAUCUCUCAUGCCUUGUUACGCUGCUGUUUCUACAGGGAUAUACGCUCGGUAUUUAUUACCCCUGCUAUGCAAAAAUCUCCAAAUGAAUCUGAACUUCAACAUCUAAAAUCCCUUGUAGAGGACAAGGAUCCUGAGAUCAUGCUAAGGGUAGCCAAAUUCUGUGUGAUUGCCAUAAAACUUAGGGAACAAGCUAUGCUAUCAUAAUGAUUAAGGCCUUAAAUUAUAAUUUAAGGUUAUAUGUUAGUGACUAAGUUUUAAUUUAUAUAUAUUUUAACUGUUGCUAUAUCUGUAUUGUCCCUGUUACACCUAAUUGCAAAUUCAAAUGUACCCCUAUCGUGUUUUAUGACCUCCUUGACCAGCUCAGGAUCCAGUGAAUCUCUGAAUAGCUCAGCCCCCCCUCUGCCCCUUCCUCAGAAUGUUCCAUUUGCGAUGGACUCUGCUGGUGCUGAUACUCCAGCAUGUGGAUGGAGGAGGUCAGGAACCAUGGAGCAUCGCUUGGGUCACUUCCUGUCAGAGGCUAACAGGAAGCUGACUCAGCUGGUAGAUCUUAGCCAAAAGGUGCCACCACUCAAUCCGACACCCACCCGCCCCCCAACAAGUCUGGUGUAAGAAGGGUUUGGAUUGCUCUGCAAGUCAUAACUUUGAAUAUUUCAGUGGAAAUGGUUCAUAGGUCUGUGCACAUUUAGGAGCAGUCAGUGAGGAGGGAGUGCAUCACACGCCUGGCCUCCCAGCAGCAGGCUCUGAUGCUUACCAGGAGAGAAAGGGGUGCUGUGAUGGAUGUUGUGUAGGCACAUGGAUGCACUCACACAGCAAUGACCACCUCACCUUCUCCUAGCAAGUGGCAGAGACGUCACUGCCAGGAGGUCAGGUGUGCAGUGGUGCCUCCUCUCACCCAUCACUCCUGUGCACAUCAAGUACCAUUCCAUUCAGCAAGAUGACACUUGAUGACACUGCAGAUGACGCUGGAGCUGGCCCUGAAGUAAAUUGCUGUAAAAUGCAGACAGCCCAUCAUUUAUUGUUUAAGAGGUUUAAAUCUUGAUUUUAUUGGUGCCUUGGUGCAGAGUACGCCCGCUGCUCAGGCAUAUCAUGCAGGCUCCUACAAUCCCAACUAAUAUAAGCAGCAGUGCUAGAAGAAAGAGCUAUAAGAUCUAGGUCAUAUAUAAGGCAGGAUGUUAGCCCUGCUGGAGAAAAACACACACGUGCGAAUUGAUUAAAGAAAAGGUUUUUAAAAAGAAGCUUUAAUCAGUGUAACUGUCAAGCUGGUGAACUCUAAAGUCCUUGGCUUAGAAUGAAACGUCACACAGAUGAGAAAUGCCUUUCUGACUAAAUGCAAAGAAACUUUGUAUUUCCAUUCAAAGUAUAUCUCACUUGGAAACGUAGCACAAAAUAUUCUUGUUGCCCUUGCAGAGUGGGUAUUUCUAAACAUUUCCAGCUUUACCCAUUUGUUGACAGACCUUGUGAGCUGUUUUGGAAGCUGUGUCCCUACAGCCUGCCAUGUCAGUUUUCAUAUUGAAAAUUUAAUUGUAAAAGGGCUUUGACACUGAACUUUUAUAAAUUUGUUCCAACUGACCUUGUCUCAGUUAUUUGCCAGCCUGGCAUAAAGCCACAGAAAUUGUUAUUUGUUCUCGUGCAGUAGGUAGAAAUACUGUGAACAAGUAGAUAGAAAGGACCUGACAUUUUACAUGAGCGAAAAUGAAGAAGCAGCUUUAAAUAAAGAGAUUAACAGGCCUGCCAUAAAGCCCAGUUUCUUUCAAAUGAGCUAGCUUUGCCUUGUACAAGAUUACUUAGUCUGCUUGCAUUUUCAUUUUGUUCAGUGUAAAAAGAAAACAUUUAAGCAUAUUUUUACUUCAUCUUUCUUUUCUUUUUUUGUAUAAUUUAUCUGGAAGCAACCUAUUUAGCCCGCAAAGUAUUUCCUAAACAAGGGAGCUGGUUUGGACAUCACUGUAAACCAUGGUUGAGAUGGGAAUGACUCAGAAUGAGCCUUGGGCUUGUGCAUCAACAACCUACCUCCGACCAGUAUGGCUGCAAGAAGAAGACCAAAAGCUUUUGCUUUCAUUAUUUUAUUAACUGCAGCUUGCCAUUUUUUUCUGAAGCAGAUGAUAUGUGGUUAAUCUUGACUAAGCCUUGUUUGACAAAAAGCAACUUCAGGCCAUGGGCUUGAAUCACAGUGUAAAGUUGGAAUGUAACACUAAACUGCUGUUGAUCAAAAAUGGAAGCAAAACUUGCAGCUGCUACCAGAAAUACCCCACCUCACAGUGUUGCUUUUUCUUCUUUCUCUGUCUAGUUUGUUUAUUAUUCCUUUACUUUCUGAGGAACUCAACGUUGCUAGCAUGUAAAAGUACUGAAACAAUAUUUCAAUGAUAAUCCUCAAAUUAAAUCCAAUCUCAAAACCACAAAAAAAUUCAGUAAUAAUUGCUACGCAACCAAGUACCAGAUUAAAAAAAAAAUCAGCUCUGGGUUCCUUCAUCCUUGCCCAGGAAGGCUUCAAUUCUAUGAAGCUCAGAAGGUAACCAACUCACUGUUCUGUGACCCUUUUAGUUGAUUCAUUGAAGGUAUUUCAUUCCUAUUGGCUUAUCCAUUUCUUGUGGUUCAUUUCCGAGAACGCUAAUCUAAAGAACAAGCCCCCAAUGGUGCAGUAGGUCAGUGUGUCCGGCUGUUAAUCGGAAGGUUGGUGGUUCAAGCCCACCCAGGGAUCGCUGUGGGGUCCCUUCUAACGCUACAAUUCCAUGACUCUAUGAAAGAAAACUACUACAUACUUUUAAAAGGAGCAGUUACUUCCAGCUGUAAUGUUGCAUCAAAUAUUCUUCCCGGUGCAUUUUGGUUUGGGGUCCUUGGGUUGUGCUAUAACACCUUUUUCUCUCUCCAAGCAAUCUAAUCCAAUACAUCUAUGAAAUCCAGUAAAAUUAAUAUUGAUGCGGAUACAAGAUAGACGAUGGAUUUUUUUUUAAAAGUUCUGUAUUCCUUUAAAGAGGGAUAUGACCUCUGACCCUCCAGAUGCUGUUGGACUCCCAACUCCCAUCAGGCCCAGACAGCAUGGCUGAUGGGGCUAUAGACCAACAACAACUAGAGUGCCACAGGUUCCCUAUGCCAGGUUUAAAGAGAUUAGCCCUGGAUUUGUGUCUCUUUUCUUCUUUUUCCAUCCCUGCAAGUGCAGGAAAGCGAAAGACUGUUAAAGGUUUGGAUGGGAUGCAAAAGCAAUGGAACUAGGAGCAAGUGAGGUAACAGGAUCUGCUGAUCACACUGUGCUGGAACCUUUGUUUCAAAACCACCAAAGAAUCUAUCUUAGCUGCUAAAUAGUGCUGAGAAAUUACAUCUGUGCUGACUGCCUUAUGCAGUAACAAAUAGACUGUGCAUUGAGGACUUUUGUGGUUUUGCUAUAACCCUGCAUUGUUUGUUGAAGGAAACUGGUGACACCUGCACUGUGGCAUUGUGGAAUAAACCCUGUUGCUUUACUUCAGAACUCUACAAUUAUAUUAGUUAAGUGGUCUCAGCACUGGAUUUAGCGGGGGGUGCAGGUGGUUCCCCCACACAGGGCGGCAAGCUGAGGGGGCACAAAACUAUAAUGUAGUGCACUUGAGAGAAUGUGCAAAACAGAAGGCGAGAAGAGGGAGGGUGCCAAAACAACCAGAGCCAGCAAUUAGGAGUUCUUUCGUGCCUUUAGAUUCACCUCAGGAAGAACAUUGAGUUAAGGUAAAAUAAAGAAUUUGAUAACUGAAAAGGGACCUUUAUUUGCAGCUUGGAUUUGGAAAACAUAUGAGGAAGGAUGAUUCAGUACCCCUCCAGAACCAUUCUGUCACACAUUUAAGUUUCUGUUACCACUGGUAGAGCUGCCCAGUACCACACAUGGAGAAUGGGCCAUCACCUUUAUAUUUAAAACAUCGAUUCAGUGAGGCAAUUUAUAAUAGUGCUAAGAAUGGCAAGUCACUUUUUUAUUUUUUAUUUUUCUGUAGCCCUUUCUAGCUUACAAAAUGGUUUAUGAUUCUUAACCCAUGUGCUUUCAAGCUAGAAAUGGCCCACAAAGCUGAAUAUGGUCCAUGAAGUAAUUCUCUUCCAUAUCUGGCCCACAGCAGACCUUAAUCAAAGUGUGAUAAAAUGCUUACAGUUGUUUGCAGCAUACAAAAGGGAAGAUAAAAGAAAGUAAUGAAAAACUGGGUUAUUAUUAUUCUCAAAAGCAGAAACUUGCUACUUGCUCCCUGUUAGAUUCAUUUAUUAGCAGAUUUUCUCCUGCAGAAUAAUUAUAAUAAUAAUGUUUCUGCAUUCUUUUUUAGACGCCUUGAUGCUAACCAUAUCAGCCUCGUGCCCCCCAACUGCUUCAGUGGCUUGGUUUCACUGAGGCACCUGUGGUUAGAUGACAACUCUCUGACAGAAAUUCCGGUGCAAGCUUUCAGAAGUUUGCCAGCACUUCAAGCAAUGACACUGGCUCUGAACAAAAUAUACCACAUUCCAGAUUACGCUUUUGGAAACCUCUCCAGUUUAGUGGUUCUGUAAGUUUUCAUUGCAUUUCAAAGUGUAACAUUUGAACCUUGUUAUUUGCAUCUUGAAGUAGUUGGUUUAAUAUAAUAUGAAUAAGAGAGAAAGAAUGUGCUUUCAGUAGAUGCGAGCAGCAAAAAUGUGACAUGAUUGAUAGAGCCAAAAAUUGGUUAACAAUUGGUUAAUGUGGCUAGUUGAAUGAAAUAGAGGUUGAGAUUGUAAAUACUUCAUUCUUCCCUUUAUUCCUGAAUCCUAACACACACAUACACCCAUCUGAAUAAUAUGGCUUCUUUUGCCCAUGUAAAAAGAGACAAAAUUCGAAUUCAUUGCCAUUUGCAGUACUGAAACAAAUUGCUGGCGAAUAAGCUUUGAUUGCACUUGCUGUUUCAGUAGAGUAGAUAGACACUUGGGAUCCAGUCUCUGUCACUUGACUGGAUCACUUUAAAAACAAUUUAAUAUGGGUUACCAAAAGAUCUCUCCCAUCACCUAUAGAAGCACAAAAUAGAAUGAUACAAAUUAUUAUCCAUAUGUAGAUAUUUGAGUCUGCAUCCGGUGAAAAGAUCCAGACUGAGCUUUCCGAGUCUGGUCUUCCCUGGUGUACCUGUCCCAUCGCCCAAUAACUGCAUGCCGGCCUCUGAGGAAUGGUGACAGUCAUCAUGUGUAGACCCAGAUGGGCAAUCUUGAUACUACAGCGUUAUAGUACAGCAAAACAUCUAGCCUCAGCCUACGUGUGUUGGACUCCAUGUACAUAGGCUGCUAUAUAAAUGUGCUAAUUCAAGAUGCAGUCUCGGGGAGAAAAUCAAGCACACCAGGGGGUGAUGGGAAAGCAUGAUUCUGAUGCUCUCGUUCUUGAAUAGAUUCAAGCCCAAGACAUUUGGGCGUCUGAGGCAAAAUACCCUCUGCCCCUCCUGCAAUGGAGGGGAGGGGCGUGAGGCUCUGCAAAGUACUGGUUACCCCCCUUUCUCUCUCCAAAAUACAGAAUGGGCAUGGCUAACAUGCAAAAUUCAUGGGCUGUGAUUAUGCUAAUAGUUAUUUUUUUAAAAAAUGAAUAUAUUGUUCUUUUUGUGUCAUAUACCCAAAUACUAUGCAUGUUUUUGACACUAUCCUUUCGUAUGUAUAAUUCACAUAUAGCGCUCCCCCCCCCCUCUGAAAGAGCUAUUGCUGAAUUCCCCCCUGCCCUGUUACUUUGCAGUUUAAGCCUGCGUAAUUUAGCAAGUUAUGUAAAACUUCAGGUCAGUGUGAAAUCUGAUACCAUCUUCAAUGGGAGAAAAACUGGGCCUACUGUCAAUAAAAAUGUAAAUAUAAUAGUAGCUUUUGGCAAUGCUGUUUUGGGGAGAGAAUAUGUUUAAUAUGGGAGGCAGGCCUAUUUUCCAUCAAGGUUGUGGUGGGUGUGGUUUGUUAGGUUUCAGUAGUUUUACUCGGUUUUACAUUUUUCUGCAAAUUUUGUACGGUACAUCUUCCCAUGGAAUUUGUAGUAACAAAACACACAAUCACCUAUUAUAGUUAUAUAAAAGCAGAAUGUGCUCACUUCAGCAGCACAUAUGAUGAAAUGGGAAUGAUAACAGAGAAGAUAUUGAAAAGCAAAACGUCUGCCGCCACCCCACUUUCAGCUGGAGGGAGACUAGGAGAAGAGGGGGAAACAUAAACAAAACUUGGGUAUGGCUAGCUUGGCUCAAGAUAGCUUGAGUGUGUAGUUGCAGUUCCAGUUCAACAGCAGGCAGAGAAACCUCCCAGAUACAAAGACAUUGUAAACCGUGGAACCUAACGGCAUAAAUUAAACUGUGCUAAACUGCACUGUGUACAAACAAAUAGCUGAUUAAUUUAUCCAAGCAUUCUUGCGGGUCUACAUGCACAUUCCUUGUGUCAUACAUGCUUAAUUUUUUUAAUUUUCUUUAUUCCUUCUCUCCCAACCUAAACAUUAUUUUAGAUACGUGUGCUAGAAGUUUGUUUUAAAUUACAAACAUAACCUGCCUAGUUGCAGUAUACAUAAACAGACACUUAAAUAUUGGUUUUGCAACUAUUGCAACUAUACCAAUUGAGUCUGUAAUUUUUAAAUCCGCUUUUAAAGCCAAAGGCCAAGUGAAAGCUAGCGGAAAGGUAAGAGGUAGAAAGCAUUCCCUUUCAUUAUUACCUUUGUGAGAACAGGACUUGCAUAUAAAUCAUGCCAGCCUUUUUAAAAAAACAACAAAACUUCUUUUAGAUUUUUAAGCAUCAAAAUGUUUUCUUUUAUGUCUACUGCAUAUAGCUUGUUUUUCUGACUUGUGUUCCUAAUGUUCUAAUGCAGGCAUCUCCAUAACAAUAGAAUCUACUCCCUGGGAAAGAAAUGCUUUGAUGGUCUCCACAACCUAGAGACUUUGUGAGUUGACCUUUUAUUUGUUGUGCUUUGUUUUCAGUGCUUUCACUGACAUUAUGCAAAAAUAAAAAAUAAAAGGCAAACAUUAUUUUGGGAUUACUACAGGUUCAGGAUGAACAUUUGUGAUGACACUAUAAAAGUAAAUUUUGGUAUCUACAUUUUUAAAUUGUUUUCUUCCGAUUAGUAGGCGAUGGAACAUAACAGUGACAUUGGAACUUACUUAUCGAUCUUUGCAUAUUCUUAAAUUGUCUAUUUUGGCAGAUUUUUACCCAGAUUAAACUUUUCACUUGGUUUAUAUUUGCUAUUGCAGAUUUAAAUACACACAAUUCUAAUUUGCAACAACUGGCGAUGCCUACAACAGUGUUCUUGCUUUGGUUUUGCAUUUUUUUAAAAGUGUGUGUGUGUGUGUGUGUGUGUGUGUUUUCCAGUAAGAGUAAGUUAGGAAGCUGACAUGUUUUGUAAAGCUCAGCUGUCACUCUGGCAUGCUCAGUUGGGGAACUGGACCUAAGAUUAUUUCUUGGGAAUAGAUUAACCAAGCACGACGUAAUAAAUAUUGUGGAUGGAGUGUUUACAAAUGCUCAUAAACAUUUCCUACUCAUCUCCUAUUCUUGAAGUUCUAUGAAGUUAUAGACCUAUAAAUACAAUGCAGAUAAAAUAUUUCCUUGCAAAUUCAGUAUAAUUCAUUCAUAUAUCUAAUACAGCUAUUGUGAUUUGAUUUUUUUUAACAUCCAGGGAUUUAAAUUACAAUAAUCUGGAUGAAUUCCCCGUCUCUGUCAGGGCACUCAGAAACCUGAAAGAACUGUAAGUACUGAAUGCAAAAUUUCUUAGAAUCCCCUUUUCCUCCUGUAGAUUGCUUUGUUUCAAAUGCUAAUUGCUUUGCUAGCAUAACUGUAUAUCCAUGUUUGCUAGAAGUGCCAGGACUAGCAACACAUCGUUCAUACCUAGGAGGGGGAAAAUCAUUCUGGCUUUCCAGCUUCAAGUGCACCUUUUGUCGCCUGAGCUGGUAGUAUUACAGAAGCUCUACAGAAGCUCCUUCUUCUCAUGGCCAGGACUCAGAGCCUCACUUGGCUUGACUUGACCACCAGUGAAAGAAAGGUGAAAGAUAGAAUCCUAAACACUUCUGCAUUAUUACUGGACUCUCCUCUGCAUACUUCUGGAGAUGAAACUAGGGCAGCUAUGUAGCCCAAGGGUCAGUACGAACUAACUAGUCUACUCUGGGAGAUUGCAAAAUGGCCAUUCCAAGAGUCAUAGCAGCCAAACAGACCUGAACUUUGGUAUAUUGAUUGAGUUGUGUCCAACAUUAACUCCACUCAAAGUAGACUCACUGAAAUGAAUGAAUGACCAUUAAUUGGUCUACUGUUGAGUAGUGCUUGGGGCAAGACUGAAUUGAUUGUAUAUAGAAUAUAGGCAAUAUGUAAAUAAUGAAUGUGACACUAUUCAUACCCAGUGGAGACAUUCUACUUUCUAGUAUACUUCUAAGGUAGUUCCUGACAUUAUUAUUUUAUUGAUCCUCAUAGUUAUGAGGAUUUUCUGGAACUAACAUGCAGAUUUUGUUUCUGUUGUAUUUGGGUAGAUUAGUAGGGAAUAUGAUUCUUUACAUUUUGAUGGCAUGGCACUACGAUUGGUCCCAUCAAAACUCAGAUACAAUAGGCAAGAGAUGCUUUCAAGGCACUCUGUAUUGUGCUGUUGUUUCUGGAGGUGCCACUUCCCAAACGUUUGUGUAAAAUGUACUCAAGCAAAUUCAAAAAGAAUUAUUUCUUGAUAAGUUGGCUUUAUUGACCAUGUCUGGUUUAUUCGCCUUCUUAAUAUCAACUUGGAGUAUAGGAAAGAUAAAUGUGGCUUGCUGGUAGUACAACCAAUAAUAAAUGGUGCCAACCUAUUAAGAGAGGACAAGUAUUUUGGUGGGGGGAAACCCCACUUACCUCUGUAGUGUUACACACACAGCUUUUUCACUUAAAAGUGAGGGUCAUCUUGCCUGUACUUCCAACCUAGGAAGACCUAUGUUCCUCGGUUGGGUCUGUGGUCCAGAUGCUUUAGGAAUUCAGGUAGGGAAACCCUGGGAGUGGUGGUAGUCUUUCUUGCACCUGCUGCAAAAAUAUCUACAACCUGAGUAGAUUUCUGUGGCCAUCAAGUUUAUUUUGGUAUGGGGUGGGGGGGACUGAUCUUCAGCUCUUGCACAGCAGUUUAUUUUAUUUCAAAGGUUGUCAAAUGUUUCAGCCUUAUUCAGCCAAGCCACUAUAUUAAAUAAAUUGCAUUAUUCCGGUGAGGUGUCUGCAGUUUUAGCCUUGAAACAUCAUCCAUCAGACUUAUAAAUUACCACAGAAUUUCUUCCAGAUCUGGAGGUCAAUUGGAACCAUAUCACAAGGCCUAUAUUGAUAAUGAAAAUAUUUUGCUAUUUUCACUGGCUAUUUUAAAAAAAGAAUUGACCAUUUUUGUGGUUUAACAAGGAUUCUUGAUUCCCUUGUUUAUAAUGCCAUUGAAAGAACUUCAGUGAAAACAGCACUGUAAUGUCCUAAAUUCUGGGAAUUCAUAAUGUAAGGUGAAAAGGGGCCUGGAAUGAGACUGAUUCACCUCGUUUCCUUGUGGCAAAAUACAUAGAACAAUUAAAUGGCUAUAGGGGUAAUUUCCAAGUCAUCAUGUCUAACCUUUUGAACUUGUAAAAUGAGUUUUAACGGGUAGGAGAGGAUUUAUUUAUUGCAAUUUACCCCUCCAGGCACCCCCGUGUUUGAAUUGAACAGGGUUUCAAAAUACCACCAUGGGCAGCAAAAUUAAAAGCGUAGGAAUUAGGCUAUAAAACCUUGUUUUGAGCAAGUCCAGGUAUGAAGUAAGCUGGCUUCUCCCCGCUUAAGAAUUUAGCACUAUUGAAAGAAACAGAAUUGAAUGGUCACAACUAUUUUUAGUUCCGUUGAUUUCAGUGGGAAGUAGUCUAGGCUAACUUUUGCCCAGUUGUAUACAUGGUGUUUUGCCAUACCAUCGCAGCACAGUCUUAUGCAUUUACUCAGAAGUAAUUUCUCCUUAUUUAAUAGGGUUUACUCCUUACUCCUUAGCAUGUAUGUUUCACAUUGCUGCCUGAGGCUUACCUUGUAAGAUCCACUGAAUUCAAUAGGACUUAUUUCUAAGUAGACAUAAUUAGGAUUGCACUGUAUGUUCCUGCAUUUGGUUGAAAGCCAUAUCAAAGCAUUCCAGAGUCAGAAGGCAGCCAUUGGCAUCAAAGCUUUCCUGCAGUUCUUUCCCUGGUUGUUUGACUGACUGCUGCCUUGACUCCACAAAGGCACAUCCCACAUGCAGAUUUCCAGUACUGAUUCCCCCACCCCCAUUAUAUGUACCUCCAUGAACAUUAUGAGUGUCAUUUAGCAUAUGGGAACGUUUUCCAUAUUAAAAAUUAUUUGGACCAAAAUUCAUCUGAAUUUUGCCCAUUACUGCCACAAGAAGUAUGUAUUUCCAGAUGCUACCAGAAUGGCCAAAAGUGCAUCUUGUAGACAUCAAAAAGAAAUCAUUAUAAUCAAGAUGAAUGAUAUUUUCACUUGUAACAGACCUUAUCAAUCCCAAGGCCUUUGAACAUAAAUUGUGAUAUCAUCUGGAAGGGCUUCCAAUGAGGUUAGGGCUGCUUCACACACACAACAUUUCCCCCUGUUCAGCAAGCAGCUCUCAGAUCCCAAAAUCCAGGCAACACACACACAGCUAUAAUCCAAAAAUCCUCAGCAAUGACUUCAUUUAUUUACAUGGUGAUUCAUAAGUAAUAGCCAAAGAAAAGAGCAGGUUCUUUCAAGAGUGGCAUGUCUCUAGUAUGACAGUUGCUAGCAAUUGAAAAUGUUGCCAAAGCUUUGCAGACAGCAUUUGAACUAUCACAGUAUUUUAUAUACAGUCCGGAAGGUUACUAAUCCACAAAAAUAAAUAAAAAAUACUCACCUGGUUGGGAGAGUUCUGGCCUUCAAACAGCACCCAGCUAUAUUUCUGCUCUCUGCCCAUCUUCUGUCAGUCCACUCACUUGCCUACAUGCAAUCCCUUGUAGCCUCUGGCUACCAGGCUAAUGCUUAAACCAGGGCUGGGUCACUAGUAACCCUCCAGAUGUUGCUGAAGUCCAAAUUCUGCAAGACCUGGGCACUGACCAUGUUGACUGGAGCUGAUGGGAGUUGGAAGGACCACACGUUAGCCAACCCUAGUUUAAACAAAAGGUUCGAGUUUCCUCUAAAUAUAAAUCUAUAACACAAAUUGUACAAGAUGAUGCCAGUAAAGCCUUUUCUUCUCAUCCUUCUUUCCAUGACAGCUCCCCAGCCAAGCCUGCUAAACUCAUUUUUGCUCUUAGGGUACCUUUUGUUUCAUUUCUCCUCUUAAGUCCAUAUACUGAACUCUGUGAUGCGCUGCCUAAGAUUUAAAAACUUCCAUCUUUGACUUUUAAAGUUCUCCUUUCAUCUUUCCCCUUUGACUAAGAACUCCCAACUGUUCAAGCUGUGCGCAAGGGGACCAUAAUAUCUGUUUUUAGUAGCAUGCUUUUGUGUACCAUACACAUUAGGGAACUGGAUUUGAAAUCAUCAUAACCUUUUGCCACUCCUAUAUCUGGUGUGUUUGUGUGCAUGCACUCUCAGGGGAGCGGAACCUCUGUAAGUAUUAGUUGCCACCACCACUUCCCAUUUUGUACCCCUGCUCAUAAGCCAGAGGUUGCUGAGAUCUACAGAGUUUUUUUUAAGAAUAGCGUAUCAAUGCUUCUCAGACCUGUUGGUCACUGCCAGCCGGACUCACUUUGGAUAUUCCCACGUUCCCCUCUUUAGUUAAUCUAUAGCAUAAAUUAAACUUGUGGGUCAGGCAGGUCCUAAGUCAGUCAAUGCCAGGUUUAUGGUUGAAAGCAUUUUUAUUAAAGUCUUUGGAUCAGGGAAUACAUGAAAUGGAGGUUGCACUGAAAAUAAAAGAUAACAGUAAUACUGAUUCUAAAUGGCUGGUGCCUCAAGGAUAGAUUCAGUAAUUUUCAUGUGAUCAAGGCAAAACACCGUGUUCAAAAUGAUACAUUUUUAUGUUCCUGUCCCCAAGAGAUGGGGAGGAUGACAUAGAGGAAGCCAGCAUCUAACCAAAUAAGAAUCUGACUUUCUCAGAUUUAGUAUGCUCACAAGAUGAGAUACUCAGCCACUGCGCUGGGAAAAGCACUGUGCUAUGAGUUGACUUCCUUUGGGGAUCAUGGACAACAGUAACUUUCCUCACCAAGAGAUUUAUAAGAGAGUAAGGGGUAUGUGCCUUUACUCUAUUACAGCAUGGAAUAGCUGCAACCCUUUCUUAAGCUAUUCCCCCCACCUGCUUAAGGUUGAAAUACGCAAUCAGGAGGCUGACACGAUGCUUCUACAUCUGGUCUGUACCAUUCCAUCCUGCACGUAGGGAAAUCAGAAAAAAGCUCCAUCUACUAAAAAGGGCCUCUUCUACGCAACUUAAAUAUGCAAGAGGAUGCCUGUUCUUUUUUCACCUGGCCAUGCAACUGCACAUUCAAAAUUGUCAUGGUAGGCAGAAAGUUAAUGUAAGGUUGUUACUGUAUGUUGAAACAACAUUAAUGAACAAAUAGCUAACUUCUACAGUAGGCAUGCUCACUGCCUGAAUCUUGAAAAACUCUCCUUUACAUUCCCCCCUCCUCCCAUGAUAUGAUGUUGCAGAGGAUAAAGCACUGUGGAAAUGUCUGGGUUUUUAUAUGUAGCUUAGAAAUCUUUUUUUAAAAAAUAAUAAUAAUUAGUGUUGUGCUCUGCCUCAACUUUAAUUGUUCAGGGUUCUGCUCUAGAGAUAAUUUUCUUGCGCAGCCAGUAUUCUGAGCCAACCUACUAAUAGCAGCAGCUGAUGGUCUUGCCCAAGCCAUGCUUCAGUGUAAAUCUGGGAAGCUUUGUUCAUACCUGACUGAACAAAUGAACAUUUCCCACACAAAUCAUUACUGUUCCUGCUGAACACUUCAUUGAUGCCUUUGUUUCUGACAAUAGAUUAUUACUCAUGUGAAUAAAAUGCUGUAAUUAAUUUGGAGACAAUUUGCUUCCUUCUUAAAUGGCAGCAAUUACAUUGUUUAGCUUGUCCUUUUUAGCUUGUUCAUCUAAAAUACUUUUCAUAAAGAAAUUGUGAAAGCCUAAAAUGUACAGGAUGCCCUGGGAUUUUAUGUAUGUUCGCAUUCAUUAGCACCCUGAUCUGAAACACAUUUUCUUGGGAGCUGGUCCUGUUUAUUUUAGUUAACUUUGUCCAGUAAGAUAUUUAGAAGAGUGGCAUGCUUGCAUGAGGACAGGUUCAGUGGGACCUACCUCCAAAAUAAACAUGUAUGCGAGCUCUGGCUGCAAAUCUCAUGAACAAAAAAUGUCGCUCAGCAUAAACUGUUCAUAAACACUACUUUACCAGUGUAUCACAGAAACAUUUCUUCAUGUUGCUACUAGAGGGAAUGGGCAAGUUCACUUCCUGCAGCUUUUAGGAAUAAAAAGAAAGACUGGUGCUGUUGCAAAAUUUUCCCCCUCCCCACCCAUCCUGAUUGUCCAUCCAUCUAUCCCCAUUUACUGCUGUAAAGUCUAGAAAACAGAAGACCUCCAUUAUUACACCUGCUAGCAUUCUACAGAUUUGAAUUUUUUUGUCCCAAGAGACUGUGCCUUUCACAUAUUUCUUUCACAUUUUGUGAGUACAGUGGUACCUCGGAUAAAGUACUUAAUUCGUUCCGGAGGUCCAUUCUUAACCCGAAACUGUUCUUAACCUGAAGCACCACUUUAGCUAAUGGGGCCUCCUGUUGCCGCUGUGCCGCCAGAGCAUGAUUUCUGUUCUCAUCCUGAAGCAAAGUUCUUAACCCAAGGUACUGUUUCUGGGUUAGUGGAGUCUGUAACCUGAAGCGUAUGUAACCUGAAGCGUAUGUAACCCAAGGUACCACUGUAUGUGUAUCAUGCUUUCUGUUUCCUUUCCAGAGGGUUUCAUAGUAAUAAUAUCAAGUCAAUACCUGGACAGGCAUUUGUGGGCAAUCCAUCCCUUAUAGCAAUGUAAGUAGUAUCAGUUCACUUUUAAUAGAAAAUGUGGAAUUAAUUACUAAAUUUCGUUGUGUAUCUUGCUUCUCUGCUUUCUGUGAGCAGGCCAUUGCUUCUCAAACUUUAUGAAAUCUUGUGCCCCCCCCCUUUGUACACAUUUAAAUCAAGGUUGGGGAAUCCAAAUUUUGAGCUCCAGCUCCCAACAGACACAUACAUGAUACAAUGGCAUUUAGAAGGUGGAAAAGUGAAUAAAAUGCCAUUUUAUAAAGAGUUACCUGUCUAAAAGGCCUUACAUAGUUUCUCUUUAUAUCCAAACCAGGAAACUGUUUACCAGGUUGACGUUGGUUUCAGAUCCUGUUUUUUCCGUAACCUGAUAACCCUAGUUUCCACAUUUGGAAAACAGAGCAUGCUGGCACAAGUCUUGUGCAUAUCUCUGCUUAAUAAACUGAGAUAUGUUAGUGUGGAAACAAGAUAGGAGAGUUUCGCUAGGCUAGUAUGAACACUAUCUUCCUAUUCAUUUCUUACUCUGAAUGUGUAAGGUGUGUUCAAUUCCAUCCCUGCCUUCAUUCAUUCAUUCAUUCAUUUCCUGCCCUUCACUCUGAUGUCCCUAGGCCACACAUUUUGUCAGUAAUGCACACUAAGGUAUAAUCAUACAGUUGGUCUAAAUCAAACUAAACAUAUAAUUGUAAUCUGGGGAGCAAAUUCAAAAAGCAAGGGAGAAAGGUGUGGCACAUUAAAAGAAGUAACUCCAGAGGAGAAGGGGUAAUGAAUAGAUUGCAAGCUAGCUCUUCAAAGCUUCAAUAAGAAACGUCCUGCCCUGCCCCCCCCGCCAGUUUAUUGCAAAAGUAUUUAAAGAUAUAAAUCUUGAGUGUUAAAUGUGUCCUCCUCUUCUUCCUCACAGCCAUUUUUAUGACAACCCUAUUCAGAUUGUGGAAAAGUCUGCUUUUCAGCACUUACCCGAACUCAGAACCUUGUAUGUAUCCAUAAGUUCACCACUAAAACAACAACUCCUUUGCUCUUUCUAUAAAAAUAAAAAAAUAAAAAUCCCACUAAUUACAUUGUGUUUGUAACUUUAGGACACUAAAUGGUGCUUCACAGAUAACAGAGUUUCCCGAUCUGACUGGGACAACAAGUCUGGAAAGCCUGUAAGUAUCAGACAGAUAGUUCAUGUUACUGCCGAACGCAGAUGGCAUUAAUUAUUGCCGAUGCUGACUUGCUUUAAUGAAGCUGUCCUUCAACCAGUCAUGUUCAACCCAGUCUGCAACCGUGAUCAAUUCAAAUUUCGUGGAUUUGAGCUAGUUUGAUCCUAUUGACACUAAGAUCUGAUUCAUGCUCUUACUCCUUGCAUGUUGGAGAAACAACUGAACACCCCUCCCCAUGCUCCAUACUCCAUUCAGAAGCCCAUUCUCACAUAAGCCCGAUUCACGGGAUCUUCUCUCAGUCCCUCCUCCCUGGUGGGCAUUGGCAUGAAUCAUUCUAAGGAGAUGUGCCUAAUUUCUUAACAGGACCCUUACAGGAGCUCGGAUCACAUACCUUCCUGAAACAAUCUGUGAUCAGCUACCCAAUCUCCAAGUACUGUAAGUAUAAAAUACAUAUUUACGUUAACUCCUAGGAACUUUCAAGAUACAACGUUCUCAGAAAUGUGUUAUAUCAUCACCAUGGAAAUUCACAUAUUUAGCCCUCGUAAUUCAAGAGCAAAAAUAGAUGCAUAACAAAGAGCCUAGCAACAAUAUUGCAGCGUCAUGUAAAGACUUAGUACUAGCACUAGAUUGAGCAUGGUGAGUGCUUAGUGUGUUGGUCCAGGGCUGGUGAGACUGAGCUUAAGUCCCCACUGAGCCACAAAGCUCAUUAGGUGACCCAGGACCUGUUGCUGUCUCUUAGUCUAACCCAUCUCUCAAGGCUCUUGGGCAGGUGGGAUAAGAACUAUAUGUCAUGUUAAGUCCCUUGCAGAGAGGGCAAGAUAAAAUAAAAUGAAUCCAGCACUGAUCCAGAGCUAAUGGUGUAUUAAGCAGAGUAAAGGUAAAGGGUAAAGGGACCCCUGACCAUUAGGUGCAGUCGUGGCCGACUGGGGUUGCAGCGCUCAUCUCGCUUUAUUGGCCGAGGGAGCUGGCGUACAGCUUCCGGGUCAUAUGGCCAGCAUGACUAAGCCGCUUUGGCGAACCAGAGCAGCGCACAGAAACACCGUUUACCUUCCCACUAGAGCGGUACCUAUUUAUCUACUUGCACUUUGUGCUUUCAAACUGCUAGGUUGGCAGGAGCAGGGACCGAACAACGGGAGCUCACCUCGUCGCGGGGAUUCGAACCGCCGACCUUCUGAUCGACAGGUCCUAGGCUCUGUGGUUUAACCCACAGUGCCACCCGCGUCCCAUUAAGCAGAGUACAGAACGUAAAUGCUGCAUGGCCCCUAGUUGCAGUGCCUACAGUCUGUACUUGAUACACAGGAUUGUGGUGGAGAGACAAUGUCUUUAUAAUGCUAGAAAAGUAAAACACAUGGUGGGACGGCCUGGCAAAAUGAGAUGAGCAAGCAAUAUCACCAGUCAGAAUAUGCUCAGUUAACUGAUUGCAGUGACCAUAAGAGGGAGAAAAUUGAGAAUGUAUAGGAUUUAUAGAAUGUAUGGAUUUAAGCAAGCUUCCUCCUACUUUUCAAAUAAUUUUUAAAAGUCACCCGUGUCCAGAAAGCAUACACAAGGGGCCAGGGAAGCCCAGUUUCCAUUCUGUUAAAGGUUUUCCUUUUUCCGAUAAUCACCGAAAUGGGGACAGACUCCAUCCUCACUUACACCUUAAUGUUCCAUACCUUUAUUUUCUCUCCAAGGCAUAUUUAUUCAAUUGGAUUUUUGAACACUAUUUCCAAGAUGUAUGGGAGACCUGUUUCCUUAUAAUGAUUAACCAAUACAUUAUUGUAGCUUACAAGAAUGCUGCAGUGUUAGUUUAAUCACUAUCAAAAGUAAUCAUUCUGUCUACUUCUUUGUGAAUGGGCCAACUGCACUUUCCUUUAAUGAUUACAUCAUGAUGAAUGUAUCUGGCAUUAGUUUGCUUAGCCAACGUUCUAAUAACACUAGCUAAAAACAUACAAUCAUAGUGCCAAAAUGGCUCUUGUGGGCACUUCUUAGAAAGUUGGGUACUAAUUCUAUCACAGCAACAUUAAAUAUUGCUGGUUAUGAGCUACCUUUGCUCCUCUGGCUUUGGGAGCAAAAUGAAGUCUCUUUUCCUGCAAAGCAUAGAAUAGGACCAAACUCAGUAAAGGUGUUUCAACUGGCAGCACUGUUACCAUCACAGAUCAACUGUAUAUGUAUAGAAUUAUCUGAUUUAAAUUCACAUUUGUGGGUUGUUGUUUUUUUAAAGGGGGGAAGCAUUGACAAUUUUAUUUUAAAUGCAGAAAAGGCCUACGUAUAAACAAAAUCAUUCAGAAAUGUUGGCUCAACUUACGGAAUAUUUUUCUUUGUCCAGAUUGCAAGUUUCUCAUUUGUUUCUAUUUCGGCAUUCCUCUCAUGCAAUUAACCAUCACGCAAGCCUGCUGGUUCCAGCCCUGGCAUUAUGAUGUCCCCUCCACUCCUCCUUCUACUGCCCACCUGUUGUUUUUUUGGGGGGUGGGGGGGGUGGGAGAGAAAGCAUCUAAGCAGAGUUUCCUUGCAGCCUCUCCUUGUAGUGUAGAGCCAUAUCUGAGUAAGGAGGAUAAUUGUCUACGGGCUUAAAAUGUGCAGUGUGUGCAGUGGGUCAUAUGCUUCCAUGAGAAUCUUCAAUAUCUGAAGCAACCAGUCCUUAAAACCAGGGAACCUGACAUGCAAAGAUUACCGUUCCUCAUCCACAGGGUGGCCUGACAGUUCUUUCCUCCAGUGUUUCUGCUUUUUGUGGUUUUGUUGUAUUGACCAUUUUUACAGUUACUUUACGUUACCUUGGUAUAGAAUUUCCACACACACACACUGGUAGCCAAAAUGACCUACUAUAACUUUACCAUUUUUGUGCCUCUGCAACUUACACCUGAUGAGGUUACAAGUGCAGCUCUUGUGUUUUACUUCCUGCUAAAUGAGCAUGCCCUUUGACUUUGGCAUUGAUACCCUUCUCCCAAUGAGUGGAGAUGGAUCCUACGAGAAGUAAAUGCUCUUUAGGCGGGGAGCUUUCCCAUCGCACCCAUACAAGGAGAACUUUAAAAUUAACUUCGUAAGUUAAUUUUAAAGAAUAUUAGCCCAGGGACAAAACCUUACCAUCUAAGGUUAAAAAACAGAACCAAGGGACAUGUCCCUGUGUCCACUCUCAUUUCUUUCUUUACAGAGGCAAAAGUCAUAUUAAGCCUGAUGGGAGUUUCCCCUGCGCAAAGGAGUACAGGAUGCAAAUCUAUUUCCCUUUUUUCUUUCUUCUUUUUACAAUUUCUGCAAAUUACCAUGGCUUGUUUUUGAUUAGCUAUAUUAUACUAUAAAUGAGUCCAGAUGUUUCAGUUAUUCUGCAAUUUGUUGAGUUUUGGCUCAAAUCAUUUGAAGGGCUUUCUCUUCCCCCCACCCCCACCCCGUAGUGAUUGAUUUCAAAGUUAGUUCUAGUUCCUCAAACCACUUUCCUCAGUUAAAGAUAUGGCAGUUCUAAAGGUCAGAGGCAAGAUUAUUUAAUUUAAAGUGUAGUCUGGGAAGCUAAUUAAAUUUCACUGUGAUUGUAGUUCGAAAGAUCAGAUCCACCUAGAAAAAUGGUUUAAAACCAAGUAUCUAGUAGAUUAUUUUAAGCAAUUAAAAGAAGAGUUGUGUUUUGAAGGAAAACUGAAUCCAGAAAGAAGCAAUAACCCUAAAUAUAUUUUUACUAUUUAACAGAAUUAGGCACCUUAUAUUUUUCUGUAUUUGUAUUUCAGAGACCUCUCGUAUAACCAGCUGGGUGACUUGCCUCAUUUUACUGCUUGUGAAAAUCUUCAGAAAGUGUAAGGUUACCAAAAAUAAAAUAAAAUAAUAAUGUAUGUGCACAUGAGGAAGGUUUUACCAUCCCCUCCAAUGCAGGGAGUAGACCUGUAUAUAUGAGUCAAAACCUUUGUUUGUAUUUUAAACUCAUAGUUUUGGGUUAGGGGGAGAAGCAUUUGGUGAGGUCUGGUGCAUCAUGUAUCCCAUAAUAUCACCCAUUUCUUUUGCAUGUUUAAUGUGGAAGAAUAAUAAAAAAUAUAACUAUAAGGGGCUUUUGAUGGUGGGGAGGAUUGAUGAUUCAAUUUUUAGAUGACUCUGUCCGUGGAGCUUUCAGUGGAGUGGAUAAGCUCCAACUUUGAUCCAGGAUAUGAUGCUCUUCCCAUCUAGCUUGCUUCUUAUGACGGCUUCACAGCUCCUUAAGCCUUGCUCUCUCCCUUUUGGAUAAAGAGACAGGAUGGAUAGGAUACAUAUUUCUGGAGUGCAAGUUGUUUCUUAUGCAUGAGAAGACUGGAAAUUCUGUUUUUCGUGUAACAUAUAGCUCUAAAUGAAAUCUAAACAAUGGCCAGGAUUCAGAUAAACAUACAACUAGUUCUGCACACUCAACCAAAGGGGGCUUUGUACCUAUGCUUCCUGAUAACCAGCCCCAAGUACCGUAAACCAAGCAACUUUUGCAUCUGAGAGAUCAGUUUGUGAUGUGGUACAGGGACUGGAAGUUCAGGGGCAGGAGGAGGCAGUCGAAGUCCCACUAGAUAUGCUCAAACUCUUGGGACAUCUGAAGUAGUUCUGGGAUCCUGGGCAGCAUUUGAAGUUCUCUAGAAGUUGUUUUCUCUAAAGCCAUUUUUGUUUUGCCAUUAUAGUGAUUUACACCACAAUGAAAUAUAUGAAAUCAAAGUGGGCACGUUUCAGCAGCUGGUUGCCCUACGUUCGCUGUGAGUAUAGCCAUAAAAGAGCUAUUUACCUUGGUACUGAGAAACAUGGAAGCUCACAUUCCUUUCCUCUGCCUGCUCCUACAUAUUCUGCUUUCCAUUUUCCCCCCUUUGAUCAUUCAGCUUGCCAGGUUAGAUUUGCCAAAGCAAAACAAACAUUCUGACGUUGAAAAUUUCCAGCAAUGAAUUCACACAGCCGUGAACAACAACAAAAAACCCCAACCCUGAAAUAGCUUCCGCUUGCAGACUUCUCUGAAGAAAUAGGAAGUUUGAUUUAACUCAUAUAGAAGCCUCUUAUGGGUACACUUCAAAAUCCACUGCUGAAUGGAAAAGCUGAGUGAAUUGUAUACAGAUGGCAAUAGGAAAGAGCAAGGAGCAGAGUGGGUAAAUGUACAAAAAUUGACAGCCACACUUCAUGUAAUGGGAGUAAUAAUUGAUCCGUUUCUAUAAUAUUCUAUUCAGUGUUGUAUUAUCCUAUGUUGGGUUUUCCACAGGCAGCAGACUCUUCUUAUAUAUGCUGUUAUUAUGAUGAAGCAUUGGUGCAAAAAACAGCAUGCAUCCAGAAGGAGAUAUGAAAGGGAAAAUGUGGGAUAAAGGGUGGAAAGACAGAGAAAUUGGCAUAUGAGAGAAGUAGCAGUUGUGAAAGAGGAAGAAGGUCUAUUGAGAAGCUAGUAGAUAACAGAGAAAGGUUCAUUUCAGGUUUAACACUUCCACAAACCAUGGUUUGUUAGAGCAGUCUUCCUCCCUUUCUGCCAUCCUUUCACAUGCCUAGUUUGAGGAGACACUUUCUGAUUUAUAAAAUCAAUUUCCUGUAACAUCUGAACUAGAAAGCUAUGGUUUAAAUAUAGCCUGUGAACCAGGAUUACAAAUCAGGGUUUGAUGCUGAUUGUAAACUUAAAACUGCCUACAUUUCCUCAUUCAGCUGUCAUGGUGAUUUAGUAGUUGGGUCUCAAUCUGAAUGUAACUGAGGAGUGAAGGGAGUGAGAGGAGAACCCAACACUCCCCCCCAAUAAACCAUGGCUUGUUCAAACAGAAGUUUAUCUGAACCAGAUCAUCCCAUGAUUUGCUUAUUAGGUAGCUAGAUCCUGGAUCAAGGGGAAGAGAUGUGUGCAUUCAAAUUUGCAACCCCAAAUAUUUGUACAUUUCAGUAAGUCAUAAAAUGUGCUCCUGCUGUGCUCCCUUUCUUGAGCCAAGAGCAAAAAACUAUGAGCCUUGUUAGUGUGAUGUGUGAACCAGUGCUUAUGGUUUGUUUCUUCCAAACAAACCAUAGUAGGUAAGCCAAGAACAAACCUUGGAGGCAAACAAACUGUGAGCACUGGUUCAUACAGCACACUAAGCCUAGACUAGUGGUUUGUUGGUCCCAGGUCAACAAAGGGAGAAGCAAUCUGGCUGUGUGCAGUAGCAUGAUCCUCAUUCACAGUAAGCCAUGACUUGUGGCUUAUCAUAAUGUCCAAACACGGGUCUAAAAUUAGCCUACUGGAAGUGAUUUCAUGCAGUUAAUUGUUGUUUAAUUUAAAAGAUUCAAAGUAAAUCUCCAUGCAUUUUUAAGCAUAUAUAAUUUUCUUCCUUUCUGCAGGGAUUUAGCUUGGAACAAAAUAUCAGUCAUUCAUGCCAAUGCAUUCUCCUCUUUGUUGUCUCUGAUUAAACUGUAAGUAUUCUGCUUUUUUUUAUGUCUGAUGCUGUCCUAUUAUGAUCAUUCAAAUACCCAGUGGCAAAAAAGCUCUAUUCAGUGCAGAGUAAGAUGGAAUGACAAUUUAAUGAACAACAAAAUGCAAAACAAAGUAGCUUUGGCCUUUGUUUGGCCAGCCAUAGUGGUCUUGCAUUUCUGCAUUGUUUCAUGGUAUCAAUUAGUGAUGGAGAGAAUGCAGAACAGGAGAGCUUGGGCAGCAGAUGCCUAAUGUCUAGCACCACAUGAUUAAAUUUGGAUCAGACCCAGAUCACUCUGGAGCCUGGCUCUAAAUCUAAUUAGAUUCAGUCAGCUCCUGCCUACCACAGUAUUUAACUAGAGCCCUCCAUGUUGUCCCACAUUUCCCCUAGUUUACUAAAGUGGCAAGGACGACUUACAUGUCCUGUGGCAUGAGGCCUUCAAGUGACUAUAGGUAACUGCACAGGUGCUUGGAACCAUAGCAUCCCAUCAGUAGGUGCCACUGUGCAUGUUCUUGGCAGCGUGCAUAGAUACCAGGAGUAGGGUGGGCUCUACUAUGUAGAGUAAGCAGCAUGACUUGCACGGUGCAAGUUUUUCUCUCUCACUUUAUGUUCUGGCUUUUGACACGACAGUGGCUGGUUUGCACAACACAAUAAGCCAAAGCUAAGAGCAAACCUUGGCUACAACUUUUGGUUAGUGAGGAGAGAGUUUAACCACGAGAGUCAGUUUUGAUGAGCCCAGGUUCAACACAGCACAGGAGUAAAAAAAUAAUUUAAAGAAAGACCAGGGAGAAGCAAAGGUUCUGUGAGCUUGUCUCCAGGAGCCUGCACAUUCACAUUCUCCUGGUAAGCCAUAGAUUGGCUUAGUGUGGCAUGUGAACCAGGUCAACGAUGAUUACAUACAAAUAACAUACCAUGGAAAAGUUUGCCUGCUCUUUAAAAACUGUGGGCUGUAUCCAACUAUGUUUUACUCAGAGUAAAAUUAAUGGCCCGAAGUUAGUCGAGUCCCUUAAUUCUAGGACUGCUCUAGAUCAACAUUAGAGGAGGACUAAAGUUGGACACAACCCUGUGCUAGAAGGCAUCAGUAUAAGUAACAAUGGCUGGUUUUUUAAUUCUGUGGUUGCUGUUGCUAAUAUCCCAGAUGCUGACCAAUUUUGCAGAAUCCAAGCAAGACAAUCUGGUUAGGUUGUAAGCACACUGACAUCCAAGUACACAUAACUUCAGUAAAGGCCCUUUACGCAUCAAAGAGUUGCCAACAAUAAAAACGGAGGGAAGAAUCCAAUAACAUGUUAUUACAGUCCUAUUCCUUUCCAUGUGGCUUGUACAAGAGACCUUUCAAGUGGAUUGGGCUCUGAGGUGAAUCAGCAAAUUUACCAGUGACCCAUUGUGCAUCUUUUGUCAGCUGAAUCGUCUUUAUGUUUUAUCGUUUGCAAAAUUUAAUACUCUGUGACAAUAACAAAUACCCUCAGGCAAAAUAAAAAAAUCCCACCCUUCUGGAAUAGUAAACUGGUGUCCCCCCCCCCUUUAAUUUUGCAGGGAUCUGUCAUCCAACCUUUUGUCCUCUUUUCCUGUAACUGGCCUAUAUGGUUUAACUCAUCUAAAAUUAACAGGAAAUCAUGCACUACAAAGUUUGAUAUCAUCUGAAAACUUUCCAGAACUCAAGUGAGUACCUCAUUAAAACUAAUAAGGCACACUUGUGCUCAUGUGCAGUGGGAGGGGUGUCACUGUAUAAUGUGAGUUACUUCCUAUUCAGAGGCUUUGAACCACAGCACUGAAACAAAGAUAUACAUGGUAAAAUUAUAGACUUACUACAUCCUUUUUAUCUCAAGAAAAUAUGAUUGAUUUUGGACACCCUGGUAGCUGCUCACUUUAAAACACAUCUGCUUCUCAGCAAUAUUCCCCCCCCCAAUAAAAAGCCUCUGUUAAAAUUUGUCUAAUUUGUGUUUUAUAGUGGCUAGCUCCCUUCAUUUGACCGUUGCUUUAUUUUAGCAUUUGUGCUGCCAAAGCGAGCACUUGACCAUUGCUUUAUAAACUACCCCCAUUUUGAAAAAUGUAGGGAAUAUAUAGCUGCAAACAAAAAGAAAAGAAUUGAAUCAAGUAGGUGGUUUGAGGGUGGCAGUAAAAUACUUUGCCAUAUUGACUUAAUGCAAAAAUACUGUAACCAGAACAUCUGAGGAAGAGCUAUUGGUGGUCUGUUCUUUUGAGAGGUGGAGCUGGCAUGUAUAAAGAUACCAGUCAGGCUCAACCAAUGCCAACAGGAACAGCAUCACAAUUUGAUGCAAUGCACCAGUGUUGGUUGCCAUCAUCGAACUGCAGCCUGGAGGCAGCACAAAAGGUCAAUAUGUCAGCAUGAGCCAUUCUGAGCUUCUGUAUCUACAUAAGUCUACAAGAUCAAAAGUGUGAGGUUCAAAUAAGCAAUGUAAUUGAGCUAAGGAUUAUGCAAGGAUUAUUUUAAAAAACCAACAACCUAUAGUUUGGCAUCAUAUUUGAAAUAUCCAAGUUAUGUUUCCUGUUCAGGUCAUAUAAAUCAUUAUUCUGUUCAUAGCCACUCCACUCCAAUCUGACUCCCCACUUGUUUUCUGAUUCUCACCCCCUGCAGACAUUAUUCCAUAGUUAUUGAAUAGUCCUCAUGUGGAUAUUUUUCGGUUUCCUUUCCGUUUAGAGUUUUUCUGGUUUUUUUAAUGUAAUUCUUAGGAUUUACACACACAUCUGCUGAUAAUUCCUUCUUGUUCAUCAGCAGUGUUGUGUAGCUACAUAAGCAACAGUGCUCACAGCCUGAACAUUGAAAAUAGAAGGAAUUAUGGCAUGUGUACAAUGAUCUGAAAUGUACAGGGAUGUGGGAAGAAUGUGCUUUCCCUUAAUUUUUUAUAUUUGUUUAAUGAGUCAGAGCUCUGCCUCUCUGUUGCUUCAGUUUGAUGCUAAUGCCGUUUGCGUUUACUUUGCAAAGGAUGUAGGUUGAGUACACUGAGAUGUUUUAAUGUUCAUAAUCUUGUCUGUUAAUUCUAAAGGGUGAUUGAAAUGCCUUAUGCUUAUCAGUGCUGUGCAUUUGGAGCUUGCGAUGGCCACUACAAAAUCCAAAACCAGUGGAACAAGGAUGAGAACAGCAGUGCUGAGGAAUUUCAAAGGAAAGAUGUUGGCGUUUUCCAUACACAUGGUAAGAAUCAGUUUUAAAAGAGGCCACUGGAAUGUGGCUACCAGUAAUCAAAUGAAUGUAUGCCUUUCUGAUUUCAGCCUUUAAAAUAAAAUGCCAGUACAAAUGAGCCUCCAAUAAGAUGCCUAUUUUACCCUUGCAAAGUAAUAUUUUCAAAUUUUACCUCUUCUUGGGUUCUUUCUCCCCAGCUUUCUGUGGGCAGACAUUGGUAGUGAGGAGCUGCAGGAUUCAAGUUUUUUUUGUGGUGAAGGAGAGGGAUCCAGGGCUUGGUGAGUUGGGGAUCUAGAAUUCCUCUUGAUUCCCACUCCCAGCUCCAGCAAGGCUUCUCCACUCCAAGGGGAAGGGGUGUGGAAUGGGGGGGGACCACAUCUGCAAGAGAGCAAGGGCAGCAAUGCAGACUUUUGCCUUCUGUGACAAAAUUUGUAGAUCCAGCUCUGCCUUAGAAUCUACUUUUGCUACUGUCGUUAAAAUCAAUUUCCUGAAUUUAACACAAAAUGCCUUACUGAUUUGUUUUUUAAUCUAGCAUUGCCUCUGUUCUUUAGAGACUACAAGAGGACAAAUGUCUGCCCAAUAAGUGCAUUAUCUAAAAUUCAGCCCAGACGAAAGGGAGGGAAGUAGGUGUAAACUGGGAUAGAAUUUGUUAUUUAUUUGAGUUAGGUGUCCUUAGAGUUAGUUACAGGCUAAGUUACUGUAAGGCAUCUUCUGGAAAUACUGAAGUAAUGGAUAAGCUGUCACCCUUUGUCUGAAUGCUUAAGAGAUUAAUGAUAUAUGGCUUAAAAAGGUAAAGGGACCCCUGACCAUUAGGUCCAGUCGUGGCCGACUCUGGGGUUGCGGUGUUCAUCUCGCUUUAUUGGCCGAGGGAGCCGGCGUACAGCUCCCUGUCAUGUGGCCAGCAUGACUAUAUGGCUUAGGCCCAGGCUAUUUGAAGGACCAUAUACUUGCUCUGAGAUCUUCAGGGAAAGUGCAUCUCGGUAGCACCACCCUUAGAGGUAUGUUUAGCGGGGACGAGGGAGAGGACCUUCUCCCCCCGGCUAUGGAACUGCUUUCCAAGUGAGACAAGACUGGCACCGACCUUGUUCUCAUUCCUCGUUCUCAUCUUUUUACAGAUGACCGCGACUUUGAGGAUUUUCUCCUUGACUUUGAUGAAGAUUUGAAAGCUCAUCAUUCGGUGCAAUGCUCUCCCUCUCCAGGUAUUGAUCUAGCUACAUCCAAUCUGUUGGUUGGUUGGUUUCAAAACUCCUUCGCUUCCUCUCUUGGCAGACUCUGCACUAUAUUCUAGAAAAAGGAGCUAUGAAAAAGCGCAGUGCUCCAUGGUGUGCAUGACUGCAACUCAGUGCGUGCUUUGUACGCAAAAGAUCCCAGAUACAAUUCCUUUUCUAGGUAGGGCUAUGCAGGUAGGGCUAUGCAGGACUCUUGGCGGAAGCCCUGGAGAGCCACUGCCCAACCUUUAGGGGCCUGGGGGCACAUUUGUAAAUCUAAACAGCUGUUGUGAGCACCACAAAAAGCCCAUUACACAGAACAAAAAAAGGCAAUGCUCAAACCACCACCUCUCUGAAACAGCAGACAAAAUGCAUGUAACCCAGGGCUGUGCUUUAUGGAGCCUCUGCCAAUGCCCUGCUGUUAGAAACUCCUGUGCUGCAUUCUUCUUUUAGUGGCACCAGCACCACCACAAUCCCCUUUCCUUCUUCCCUUAAAAUAAUAAUAAUAAUACUGUUGCAAUAGCAGCAGCAACACUGGCAGUUUCUUCACCACCUCUCCUGGGCUCCGCGAAAGGGCUGGCAGAGGAAAGGGUGUCUUCUUAGGGCUCAGGCACUCUGGGCAAAGUGGCCAAGAGAAGGCCUGUGUUGUUGCCACGGCAGCUAAAAGCACUCAUCUUUCCUGUCUCGCCUUUGCAGGACCCUUCAAGCCUUGUGACUACCUCUUCGGGAGCUGGCUAAUCCGAAUUGGAGUCUGGACCAUCGUGAUUUUGGCCUUUGUUUGCAAUGCAUUGGUGGUUGUGACGAUCUUCAGAUUCCCGCUCUUCAUUUCCUCCAUAAAGCUCUUGAUUGGACUAAUAGCCAUUGUGAACACACUCAUGGGUGUGUCCAGCAGCGUGCUUGCCAGCAUGGAUGCAUUAACUUUUGGAGUCUUUGCUCAGUACGGAGCUUGGUGGGAAGGUGGACUUGGUUGCCACUUGGUUGGACUUCUCUUCAUCUUUGCUUCAGAGGCUUCCGUUUUCUUGCUCACGCUAGCAGCUCUUGAGCGCGGCUUUUCCGUGAAACACACCACAAAGUUUGAGACCAGUGCCACUCUUGCUAGCAUGAGGGUAGCCAUCUUGUUUUGCUUUGUCUUGGCCUUAAUCGUUGCAGUGAUUCCAGUACUUGGGGGAAGUGAGUAUGGGGUUUCCCCUCUGUGCAUACCUUUGCCUUUUGGGAAGCCAACUGCUGUGGGUUACAUGGUGGCACUGGUCUUGCUGAACUCUCUCUGUUUUCUUAUAAUGACAAUAGCCUAUACAAAACUCUACUGUAGUUUGGAUAAAAGAGAAUUGGAUAAUGUUUGGGACUGUUCCAUGGUCAAGCAUAUUGCUUUGCUGCUUUUUACUAACUGCAUUCUUUAUUGUCCUGUGGCCAUCUUAUCAUUUUCUUCCUUGUUAAACCUUACGUUUAUUAGCCCAGAAGUAAUUAAACCAAUACUUUUAGUAAUUGUCCCCCUACCUGCAUGUCUAAACCCACUUCUCUACAUACUUUUCAACCCACACUUCAAGGAAGACCUGGGAAGUCUUCGAAAGCAGACUUUUUCAUGGAAAGCAUCCAAGCAUGCCAGCCUGGUCUCUGUUAAUUCAGAGGAUGCAGAAAAACAGUCAUGUGAUUCAACUCAGGCUCUCGUAACCUUUGCAAGCACCAGAAUAUCAUAUGAUAUUCCUGCCAACAAUUCACUAGUGCCAUCAUCGUAUCGAAUGAGUGAAAGCUGUAACCUGUCUUCAGUAACAUUUGUUCCAUGUCAUUAGCUUCAUCUCAGAGUCACCUGUGUUUAAAAAUUAUCAAUCACACAUUUAUUAAAUGGGUGCAGUAAGAGGAAAAUAAUUGUCUACUACUAUUGGGUGGCAAAGGCUUGGCGACCAUGAAAAUUGGCAUCCUAAAGCCUAACAGAUACCAUCUCAGUCUGGUUUAGAGACAACCACUCUUGAAUCAGCUGAGGUUCAAACUCAAGAAAAAAUCCAAAAGCCAUUGAUGUUUACAGCACUGGCUCUGGUGAUUCAAAAUAGAUCAACAUUUCUCACUGUCCGUUCAUGAAUCUUUUAAUGGUCACAAUGAAACUUCCACUAAGCUGAUUUUUUUUUUUUAAUGGGACUUCAAAUAUUAAGAAAAUGAGAUUAUCUUGGAAGUAUUUAUGGAAAAUGUACCACUCCUAGUUGCACAAUACAUAUUUACACAUGAACUGGCCUCAAUGUUCUUGUUUAACUAAGCGUGAAAGUGAAGAGCCGCUCUUAACUGGUUAAAGGGGUUGAACAUAGCACAGCUUAUAGGCAUUUGAGUUAGAAUUUUACAUUAAGAAGUCCCAUUAGCAAUAGCAGACCUGCUUUGGAAGAACCACAUUGAAUACUAUAGGUUGGGAGACCUGAAUUGUUUUCAGAUUUAUCCAGCAUCACUUUUCUGAGCUGACACAUGCAUCCUUGGGAAAGAAAAUGAACAAAUGCGGAAAGUAUGCACCCGAACGCCGGCUGCACGGUUAUCAUAUUCCUUUGUCUCCUUGGAUUUUGAAGCAAUGCAGCGUGCAACUGGAGCUCUGUUCUUAAAACUACUUUGGAUUAAACAAGAGAUCAUCUGACCAUGGCACAAUACAUACUACAAUGUUUAUUUAGCUUUACUUUUACUGCGGUUCGGUUAUGGAGUGCUGCUUAAUGUCAGUGAAACUGUUCCUCACAUGAAUAUAUAUUCUUUUGUAUACAAGAAGUAAAAGAAUAAGUCUGAAGACUGGCUCAAUAAAGAUUCUUUUAUAUUAAAAAUUGAACUUCAGAACAAAAACAGGCCACUAUGCAUACUAUUUUCAUAAGCAAGUUUGAAAGCUAUAAUUGAGAUAUUUUAAUGGGAAAAUAAUAAAAUUCAUUUGAGAAGCUUUUUUUAAAAAAACGAUUUGUAAAUAUAGAACUGUAUUUAUUAUUAAAGUAAAAUCAUACUAAAAAUGAGAAUAAGCCAUGUACAGUUUUGUACUGAUAUAUUUCCUAGAUUUCUAUUUUCUUCUCAUAUAUUUGACUAAAUUCGCUAUCUGUACAUAAUAUAUGUAAAUGUGUAGUGAUUGUAAAUAGAGGAUGUGCUUUCUUUUCUACUGGUGUUUCAAAUAUAUGGAAUUUGUAAUAAAACCUGCAGCUAAGCAG